AUGGAAUCUGAACUGCAGCUUUCCCCAUUGGAAAUGGAUGAUCCCAGCGUACCCCAAAUUUAUUUCCCAGUGGAUUACUUGGACACACUGCUUGUGACAUUAGUGGGUAAGUAUUCAUCUUCAUUUUGGGUCCGUUUCUGCUUAAACUGGACAUUGAUUUCGAUGAAGGUUGCCAAAAAUAUGUAAUUCCUGAAAUUUAAGGGCCAGAUUCCCGUUAAGUUUAACUUUAUCGAUUUGGCUUAAAUUGUCAUUGGACUUAUUUGCUACAAAUGUUUUUAUUUCUACCUCCUUGGAAGAUAACGUGUGGUGUGUUUGUCCAAAAGUGAAAAAUUUGAGCUGAACAGAAAAUGUGUGUUUUUUUAAAAAUAAUAUAAAUCUACGUUUUGCUGAAAGCUAUUAUUUCUUUAUCUUUAAUGUUUUUCUUAUUCUGAUUUUGUUGUUGUGUUUUUUUUGUUGUUUUUUUUUUUUAAUGUCAAAGCACAUGUGCCCUUCCCCCUUCCUGUCUAUGGCCUGGCUAAGCUUCUACUGCUGAGAGGCAAUUAGCCUUUACAGUACAAUGUGCUCGAGCUGAUCCCCCUGUCAGUGUACGGACUGUACACUUCAGGAUGUGUCUAUACAUGUUUUUCUUCUCGACUGUGCUGUAUUGCUGAGUAUACUGUACUAAUCGAUAAUGAAACUAAAAAAAAAAAAACCCUGAAAAAAACAAAACAUGGAGACCUGUUCGCAUGCUGUUUGAAUUGAAAAGCAAACAAGCAGUACUGUGCUUUUUCUAUCGGUUUUCUUAUAUUGCAUUUGAUGUAUUCUUUGAACGAAGGGAGUAUGGCUUCUAGCAGAGCACAUGGUGCUUGCGAGACAGCAUUGGUGCACAGAGAAUGCUGUGCUUUCUAACUCAGAAACCAUCACAGAGCGUGCUUUUAUUUGGAUAUAUUUUGGGACAUGUUGUAUGUGUUGUGAGCCCUCCCCACCCGCCGUACACUCGGUUUCUAUCGGUUAGUAUGUAUUUAUUUCACUUUACAUGCUUUUCUGACAUCUUUCUAGAAAUGUGAGCCAGUUGCCAUGUUGGUAUUAUGAUUGCUGUCUCUCUUUAUUGGUGAUGUGCCAACACCUACCGUCCAAUUUCAUGACAAACAUAAUCGUUUUGCUUCAUAUUUUGAUCACACAUUAAUCUGACUUUAGUUGGAAAAAAUCAGAAAUUAACUAUUUUAAGAGGGCCAUGUGUACCCCAGUGAAUUGGAUCAAUGUAUUCACGUGUUCAGGAAUUGCCUGAAACUCGGCUAUUUUUUAUUUACCGAUUAACAGAACAUACUGGAUUUGGCCCUGGAUUGGUGUUUUAUGUAUCAGAGGGUUCUGAUUGACAAGGAAUUGGCCUAAAUCGUGCUUGGCCUUCACGUCUAAAUUCAGCCAUGGCCAUCACAUGGCAGUUUAUAAGGCCAAGAGUUUUCCACUUUACUUCCCAAAUGUGCCUCUAAAAGUUGGAGGGUUGUUAGGUAUACCGACGAAUCACUCACAUUUUGUAUAAUAUGUAAUUUAAAUUUCAAUUAAAAAAAAAGGUUGGAUGCUUUAUUCUGCACUUUUUGUCCGUUUCGUUAACUCCUCGUGGUGCUGUUAAGGGUUUGUUUAGCAGUCUGCUCAAGAGCUAUUUGGUUUGCAUAUAUUUAAAGCCUGUUGUUUAUAUGCAAUUUUGUUUUCUCAGAACGGAUAUCUCUAUACGUGUAAUUUAAAGAUGCACAGAGUACGGAUUGCAGCAUUAAAAAAAAAUAAUUUUCACCCAAUUAAUCCAAUCCGUCUACCCACUCCCCCUCCGUACAUUUUUCUGCAGCUUCAAACACUGAAUUAAUGGGGAAAAUAAAAUGACUUAUCCCAGCAGGGAAUGUGCCAUUUUCACGUGUAGAAGUGAUCUAAAUGCAGGAUUACGAGAGGCAGAUAGCUAAUAGUGACUGGCUCCCUAGUGAUUGCCUUAUUUCAGUUAGCAGUUUUUCUCAUGAAUAUGCAGCCAUUUUGUUUUCCUGUAAUAGAAUGGUUAUAAUAUCGCAUAACAGUAAAAUAUUAACUGUUUAUGAUUUCUCACAUAAUCACAUUUAUAUUGUCCCAGUAGUCUAAUUUCCUUUGUAUUUUGAACUGUGGAAGAAGUAGUACAUAUGUGCUAUUAGUCUGUGUGAGCAGAUCAUUACUGGAGUUUUACCUUUUAUUAGACAUUUUACCCCAUUAUGAUGUGGUUUAAACUAUAUGAUGCCUUCCAUAGUUUGAAUAACACUUAUAGGCCUCAUCCUGUGAUUACUAUUUGGACUUACUAAGGAGGCCACCUCAAUAUUAAAAGGACACUAUAGUCACCAGAAUACAGCUUAAAGCGACACUGUCACUGUCUAAGGACUUUGCAGAAUUAGCAAAGACUCCUGAAGGUGGCAUUGCUGCUGGUGGUCCAGUGGCAGGGGAAAACGGGUAAAGGUGAGAUUUACCUGAAUCUGUCCCUCGCAGACGCAGCCAUCUUGAUCCGGCAGUUCCACUUGAGGAGCCGACGCCUCUGCUGUACUCUUGCGCAUGUACGAGAGUACAGCAUUGAGGUCUAUGGAGGAUCCCACGAGACCGCAGGAUCCUCCGUAGACACAGCCAAUUUCCUACAGCCAUCACUGGUGGCAGAGCAAAGCGGGGCUGGCCGCAGCAAGACGUGCGCGGCCCUGGAAAAAAAGCAAGUAAAAUCACCUUUUUAAAGUAAAGAGAGAGGGGCCUGGGGCCAAAAUAGUAAUUUUACCACUACGUGUUUGUGUUCCUGACAAUACUGUGUUUCUCAUGGCAGGUUCACUUUAACCUGAGCCCCUUUAAGAUCUAAAUAUAUGAUUUGUCACGUGUAAAUUAUAAUAUCAAUGUACAGUUUAGAGAUUAUUAAACUACUUACCAGUGCCGCCAUGAUUGCCGCCAUUGGUCACUCCUUAGAUAUGUCAUUGCUGAGACUUUUCCAGGGAGGGAAGUUCUCUUGUAUGAAACCAACACGCAGGCUUCAUUGCCAGUGUGAUGACAUCAGAACAGUGUGACAUCAGUUACUACAAUCCUAUACUCAUCUAGUCAGCACUAAAUGCAAUGGCCAGAAAGUUACCAUACUGAGCACAGGGCGGGCGCAGCCACAGAGCAGCUAGACCCCCCUGUAAGAGGGUCCUCCUGCUCUUGAUGUCUGUCAGUUUUUUGUCAUAGAGAUCUAUCUAUGCCUUUUCUAUGCAGAAGAAUUGAUUGACAGGUGGGGAGGGACUUAUUUUUAAAUAUAAUUUCUUCCAAUCUUUACAUUUGCAUAGAUCGAAUUUAAUAUAGGUGGGCUUGCAAAGCAUCGUGGGGGGUUGUAGUUUUACAGCAGAUGAGGAUUUAACUUUUGGCCACCCUAACAUUAGGUCUUUAAUGGUAACCACAAGGAAUGUGUGCACCAGCACAGCACGUUGGAAGAGUUGAUGCUCUGCGUGUGCCCAAACCUCAGCAUUGCAGGCUUGGUUUCUUAUAGGAUUGAUUUAUAUGUGUAAUUGAGUUGGGUAAUAACAUUUAAACCCCAUGACCCUACUGAGAAAUCUAAAUGUGUCCUUCAUGGUACAAUAUGUUAUUGUUAUUCCUAUGCUUUGUCAUCUGUGUUCAACCAGAAUUUUCACUUGUUUACAUUCUAGAAAGGAAAGUGUCAAUGUGGUAGCUCACAUCAAGGUUAUCUAAGAAUGAAUCAGCUCCUGAUGGCAUCCCCUUUAGAACCAAGAGACAUGGGGGUUAUUCUCUACCAAUCAAAUUGAUUAUUGAAUACAGUGGAGUUCAGUUAUUUAGAUUUUCUCUCAAAGAUAGUAAUCUGUGUGCUGUUACCCUAAUACUUAAAGAGUUAUACGAAGUUGACACUUUUAAUUCACUUUGAAUGUUAGUGGUAAAGUGAGAAUCCAAAGUGAAUUAAAAGUGUCAGCUUUGUUCCAGUUCAAGUUCUUUGGUCUUAAAUUUGAAAUUCACUUCCGGACACUUUAAUUGUAUAAGAAUGCUCAUAAAAGUUAACUGGACUAUUGCAGAAUUAAGGCCAAAGUAGUUGAGAUGGAAAAAUAGCUGAGUGGGAGAAUUUUUCCAGUUUGACUAAUUUGGUCUGAAACUGUAUUGUGCUGUAAUGUGAUAUGGGUUUGUCAGUUUGAGCGUAAUCCUUUUGUGUCAAUGUGUGAGAUAACCAAUUGUGGCUUCUAACAUUAUUAAAUAGACACCCUUAUGGGGUCACGCAUUUAUUUAUUUAAGGUCCCUGGUCAAUGCAGACUGAUUGUAAAAGCAAUAUGUACAUAGAGACUGCCAAGUAAGAACAUGCUUAGAGUAGGUAAAAAAAAAAGCCACUUGACAAACAUUUGCCUCUCCAGAUAUUGUGGACUACAUUGGCCAUGAUGCUUUUGCAGCCAUAAUGUUGUCAAAGCGUCAGGAGACAUGUAGUCCACAACAUUUGGAGUGCUGAAGGUUGCCUACCACUCUUCUAUAUAGUUAAUUCACCCAAGCUGCCAAUCUCGUGACUACCCUAGUUCAUUCAUUAGUUGAACUUCUUUUGCAUGGACUGUAUAUCAGACAUGUGCUAAGCAUUGACCCCCAACCUUUCCACCAUUCUGUAAAUUAGAAGUACUUUUUAUGAUGCCUCUGGUGUUGUGAUCGAAUACUCAAAAAUAUCAUGGAGCUGGGACAUUCAUAUGGUUUAGUAGAAUGGUAGUAGAUGGGACUGCAGUGUAGAAAGAGCUUUUUUUUUUUUUUUUUGGACGAGUGUGCUGUGAUCCUAUUUAAUUAACAGUUUGUGUUGUAAGUGAUGAUCGAAAUAACCACCUGAAUACUUCUAUAUAAGAGGCAAUAUGCAUGGGAGUGUCGUGACUCGAGCAUGCCAUUGUAUGUGUACCUGGAAGUUUAUUACACAAACUGUGGUCUCAUCAAAUCUUCUACUGUAACAGAAGUCAAAUAUACUGUUACAGGUUGUUUACAAAGUAGCAGAUAAUCUCUGAGGGCUUUCGGAUUGGGGUGGAACUACUGUUACAUAAAACGUUAAUGUUUCAAAAAUGACUUGGAAAGUACGUCCAGCUUUAUGAGAGACCUCAAUCUGCCAACUGAAGGAUAAACAGGGUCCCUGCUUGUCUACAAUCAGAACUCAAUUAGACCACGGGUUGAUGUUGCUGGCAACCAGACUGAAGAUUUUUCAUCAUGUUGCAUAAAUAUUUGCCCUUUGGAUGCAAUUCUCCUCCUAUGUAUCUCCCAGUGGAACAAACUGGCACAGUAUAAAUCAGGGGCAGCAAACUUGAGGCUUCUCAUCUGUUGUAGGUCUGCCGUUCUCAUCAUGACCAGCCAGCCGCAGGUUGACCACCCCUGGUAUAAAUACGAUAAAGCACAGGAGGGAAUAGUUGCAAAAAUACACCUUGUUGGCCGGCUGUUUGGGCAUUCAUUUUGUGUGGUUUUCAUUAUAAAUAUUUGUCUGUGCUUCAACCAAUUUUUUUUUAAAUUUCAAGAUUGAUUUUUUUUGUUGGAACCCAGCAAAAUUAAUGCAUGCUUCUGGUAUUUAAUAUUAUUUGGAACACCAGAUGUUUGUGAAAAACCUUUCCCUUAGUGAUUUGUCAGCCGUUCCGCUGGUUUUCAAACAUCUGGGGCACUAAAGCUUGCCAUAAUAAGAACAGGCAAUUUCAGCUGGAAGUCUGGUCCAUGCAAACACUACUCUUUUUAGCAACAUAGUUAUUAAUUCACUACAAUUAUUCCUUCUAGUGAAUAGUCCUGUGGGUGGUCUGUUCUGUUUAUGACAGUGUUGACUUAAGCUAAUGUAUUGCUCAUUCUAUGCAGUAGAGAAAAAUGUCAGGAGUUAAGAUAUUUUGGUAGAUUCUAAAUUCCAAGGGUUCACAAUUAUUGAAUUUAAAAUAGAGAUUCGAUAUGAAUUACGUAUACCUAACAGAUGUCCCCUAAAUUAGCACCGGAGAUUUCCUCUAUUUUCAUUAUUUUUCUAUUAUGAUUAUCCACUAGACCAGGUAUUGGAAAGUGAUAAGCGAAUUUAAGACCAAAAUAAUCAAACUGUAGAACCAAUUAUCUUGAUUCAGCUACUUGUAUCUUAAAUAUGCAGUUACCAGAUUAAUAUUCCACAAUUUUAACAAAACAGGUUUAACAAAAAAAAAUCUCUGGCUUUUUUUUUUUUUUUAAAUGUGUCAUUUCUAUAAAUCAGUGUUAUGGUGAUGUUUUAAAACAGAUUUAGGUUGUUAAUAGUGCAUUGUGGCGAUUUGAAAAUUAAGCUAUAAACAGAUAAAAUUAUAAUUAGAGAAUUGAAAUCAUGGAACGUUUACAUCUCAGCUAAUUUGUGAGUGGGGUGUCAAUUCAUCGCUGUCUUUUACAAAUUUAAGCAAUACAAUAAUGUGUAAUGUGUCUGUUCACCCUAUAACAAGGCUUUUCUGUUACUUUGUCGCUCUUGACUGUAUCAACCAGCAUAAUAGGUGAAAACAUAGCGGUUUUCCAAUUUGACACAAUACUGCACUGUGAUAUCAUUCAGAUGCAGUGAGAUCUUUGAAAUAAAUGGUUAUUUAUAGUGGAUAGAAAGGCAGAUUUAUUUUACAAGUCCUCUCUAUAUAUUGCUCUCAGAACUCCAAAGAGGCAGCUGUCCUAAUAAUUCAAAGAUUAUUUGAAUGAUAAUCCUUUGUGGGUAGUUUGGACAAAAUCUGGUGAGAUAGUUCAGUGGUUAGUGUUCCAACAUCAUAACCUCUAGCAUUUCUUAAAGCUAUAGAUUCAGUUACUGCAGAAUAAAUUCAUACUGUCUUGCUUCAAAAGGCAAUCAAAUGAGCCCCAUUCAUUUGUGUAAAGGUAACAAGACCUAAUGAAGUCUCAAAAACUCCCUGGUUAAGUCAUUUAUUAUUAUUGUUCUUAUCAUAUUACCGGGGCUCAAAAGCACAGAGAAGGGGAGAUACAGGGCUGUCCACUAACAUGUGAAUAUUUGGUAAUUUAUGAUGAAUUCAAAGAGUAGUUUAAAUUUUGACAAAAUAGCUGUUGGCAUGGAGAGUUUUUAUAUAUUUACCUAAAAUGGGAAAUUUACUUUGAAUUACCAAAACGUCACAUUUUAGCAAAUAAUCCUGAAUGUAAAAUGAAAUCAAUUUAAAACUCCCCUGAAUUUACUUGUAAUUUCCUGCAGGUCACACUUUAAAGGUAAACAAGAGGGUGGCCCGUAAGUCUGUACCCAUACAGCACACAGAUACACUGGAUUCAUAAGAUGUAUGAAUGGGAACGGUCUUAUGGGCCAGGAAAACAAACUAGUUUUCUUGGCACUAUAGCUUCCUCCUUUGUCAAGGCCCCCUUCCGUGGCACUGAAGGGGUUAUUAACUGAGCUCCCCCUACGCUCCUUGUGUGCCGGCAAGGGAGACUUAAUGCCUAUGCGUGGCAAUGGCUGUGCUCGCAUUAGGAUCUCCCCUUAGGAAAGCAUUAUUCAAUGCUUUCCGAUGUGGUUAUGGGUGAUGCUGGAGGUCCUCGUUUAGAUGACCAAAAAUCAUCUAAGAAGCCAAAGUCCCUCUGUCAGGUAAUUACCUAUCAGGUAAUUAUUGCAGUUUAUAAAAACUUCAAUAAUUACCACUCUAGGGUUAAGGGUGAAGGGAGUUGUCAACUAGACCACUUCAAUGAGCUGAAGUGGUCUGGGUGCCUAUAGUGUCCCUUUAAGAGUUACUACAACCUCCAGGUCUAAUCCUGGUUUUAGAAGCAGUCAUGGUGGUACUGUAAUAAUUGGCUGUGCAGAGAAAUAUGCACUUUGUGCCAGGGGCUAGUUACACCCCCGACACACGUGACUUAUGUGCAGAGAAAUAUGCACUUUGUGCCAGGGGCUAGUUACACUCCCAACACAUGACGUAUGUUGUCAAUUAUGUGCAAAAAUUAACUAUGUUGUGUUGAAUAAUACCUGCAGAGUUGUCCAAAAUAAGCAAGACGCAUAUUUGAGAUUGUGAGGUUAUAUUUUUCUCCCAUGUAUUAUAUAAAUGCGUUACGCAUGCAGUAUUUUUAAUAUAAUGUAAAUUAAAUGCCACAAGCAUGGGUUCUGAUCUUCAUUGUUUUAUUAAUGGAAUGCAAAGUAAUAAAUUGGCUUCUUGCAACAGUCGAACUGCCAACCAGUAUAUCUGCCCAAAACAAAUGGAGUAAUCUCCCCUGAAAAACAGCAACUGUGGGAAUUCAUUUACUUAUAUCUCCUUCUGCUCAUUCACUGAGUAUGGCUUUAUUAAUCAACCUCUUAUUACCUUUAAUCCAAACAUUUCUAUAUCAUAGAGUGAAGGAGAUACUGCUGCUAAUUAAAGAGACCCCACCCAAGCCUUCACUUUCCAGGUGUUAGUAGCUGAUAAAAACACAAAUACCUUAUACAUGCCUGCUGAUAAACUAUGUUAAAGGAGUAAAUUACACAAUGCAAAGCCAUUUCAAUCUAUUCCUGAGAUUUCACAUGGAGAUCAGCAGAGUUAGUCUUUAAGUUCAAACAAGGUUAUUAACGAAAGUGGGACGUUUUGGGAAUUCAAAGUGAUUUAAACAAUUUUAGGCUAAUACAGAACACAUUGCUGACUUACUCCUUUUAGGUAUUAACAUUUUAAAUGGAAAGCUUGGUGACCGUCAUAUUUUCAGUGUAUCAAAUAUAAACAGCCUGAGGGUUAUUCACUGAAUUGAGAACUGUCGAGAAUGCAAAGUCAAUUAUGUAAAUGUCUCAUUUAAGAACAAAGUAUUCGAACUGGAAAAAUUCUCCAACUCAUCUAUGCUUCUGGUUUGGUUACUUUGGCCUUAAAUUUGGAAUUCACUUUCAUGCAACACCUUUGUAUGAGAUUUGUACUGCAACAACAGUACAAGAAAAUCAGAUAGCACAGCUAUACUGAAUUAGUUUGAGGCCUUUUCAUACUGGCCACUUACGCCUUCUAUACAGACUUACUAACCAUUAUUUUCAUGCUAUAUCAUGCUUUUUCUAUUUUUGCCUUUUUUUUUUUUUUUAUUGCUCCAAUAUUGUCUAUCCAUUUUCUUAUGACACAGUUACUAUGUAUCCCUAGUACCCCUGCUUCUAUAGCUGCUCCUUAUGAUUUAUCAGUGUCAUAGCUUACUUAGAUAUGAAUGUGCCUUAUCUUUACAGAUCGAUUCAGUAUUACAAUACACUGCAAUAGUUUUUUAAUCAAAGCGACAGUACUGUUAUUUGUGAGAAUUUUACACGUCAGUAGUAAUGGAUCCAGUGGAACAGUCCUGAUUUUAUUUUCUGUUGUCACUUUUCUGAUCUCUGGUUGUGCGUGCUGGUCUAAUCCAUAACCUGCCGUCUCAGCCAAUCACGGCUGCCUUGGUCGGACAAAACUGACUUAAAUCCACGUUAUAGUGUGACAGAGGAGUAGGCGGUCUCUGGGUCUCUGGGUCGGUGUUGAGCGCUGGCGUAAACUUGGAAAUUGUGCUGGAACACUCUACACCAGGCUUCCCCAAGCUCUGGCCCUCCAGAUGUUGCUGAACUACAACUCCCAUGAUUCUCAGCCUACCUAUUUCAUUCAUAGAAUCAUGGGAAUCAUACGCCAUAACCACUUCAGCAAGCUGAUUUGAGUGCUAAUUUAACACCACUUACUCGGAGGGAAGAAGGAAUGAUGUAAAGUGACACACUCAAAUACGUUAAUAGAUUAAAUGGGACACUCCAAACUGGAAGUGACUCACUAGUAUUAUUUUUUGUAUAGUAGAUUCUCCUCUUAUGAGCAGUAAAUUGCAGAGACAGAGGAUGCUUAUACACGAGAAGUGGUGGUUGUAUUAGUGCUUAUGUUGUCCCUUUAACAAAAGCUGAAGAAGGUUGCUUUGGCUUCAGAACAAGAAGGAAUGCUUUGAAGUUAUAAGGCUAAAUCAUUGUUUAAUCUCUUCAUAAUUCACAGAACAACAAGGCAUCAUUUUAAGAUUAGUGAUGGAAGGCCAAGGGGACUGUGUAAACAUACCCUUUACAGAAAGGGUAGUUAUUGCCUGGAACUACCUUCCAGUGAAACUGGUAAAGACUAACCUGGUAUAGGAAUGUGGGAAUCUCUGGAAUGUGCCCAACGGCUAUUUGAAAGAACAAAUUAACAUGAUAAGCAUUCAAAAAUCAUUAAGUGGAUCAAUUGACCUUUAUCUGGAACCACAUCGCAUGUGGACUUUAAAGAAGACGUGUAAUUAAACAAAUAAAGCAAGAGACACCAAAGCAUAGAGUAUCCAUAAAGAUCUUACUACAAAUUUACCAAAUUUACAAUUGAUCUGAAAACGGAUACAUACAUGGUACUGGGCACCAACAAGACUAGCCCAUUUAUCUAAAUGGGCUGCUGAUAAAUGUUGAGAUGCUUGAAAUAAUCUGGUUCUAUAAUUUACACAUGGCAGAACUGUUGUCACACGUCACUGACAGCUUUUAUUGAGUAACAUUGGGUGCCAAUUUCUAUUUUUUAUGCUUCCAAAUGGACUCCCGGAUCUUAGUUGAUACUCAUUUUCCAUUUCCUAAUUGCAGCUAAUGCCUUAGUGGACCAUAACUUGCUGUCCAUGAUUGGACAAUCCAGCAACUCUUAUGAUAAAAUGGUGCCCAUCCAAUUCAUAGACAGCAUGGCCUCUUGGUGGGUCCAAAACAUGUCUGGCUUCCUUUGAUGGAAGCAAGCCAUCACACGGGUUAUGCAGUCAUAUUAUAGCUCAGGGGUAGGCAACCUUUGGCACUCCGGAUGAUGUGGACUACAUAUCCCACAAUGCUGGCAAAGCAUCAUCUGCAGUGCCGAAGGUUGCCUAUCCCUGUUAUAGCUCAUGCGAUGAUGAACCUGAAAUUAAAAUAAGCCACUUUCCUCUUAUAUUUAAUAUUUAUAUUUAUUUCCUCAAUAUUUGUAUGUUGUGCAAAGUGUUCAAAAAAUAAUUAAAUUAAAAAAAAUAAGGGGACACCCCAAACACCUAAAGCACUUUUGUUUGCUGAAGGUGUAUUUUAGAAAUAAUGCAGAUCUUAAUUGAAAUUGACAUUUUUAUAAAUGGACCUUGUUACAUCACGAUGGCUGUCAAUCAGACUGCCAGUUCUGUUACUUUCGGAUUAUUUAGUUCAGUGAAGCUAAACUCAAGAGGCAGCAAUUGCCCAGAGCAAUUGCUGCCUCUAAAGACUUCUCGUCGAGCUGCAUUGGGAAGUCUGUGAUUGGACAGCCACAGAAAGUCUGGGCGGGGUAAGAAGGGGAGGGCUUGCAAAGGCAGCAGACGCAAUCUGCAGGUUAUGCAAGCUGUUUUUUUAGAUAUACUCCCAGUGAGGAAAUGCAUAAUUAAAUGUAAACAUGUUUUCAUUGGCGGUAAAUCUACUAAAUAGUGUUUUUUAUUUGAAAUGUCACUUUGAGAGGGCAUUUUUAGAUAAUCCUUCAAAGUCUAUUUACAACUCUAGGAACUCUGAUCAAUUGAAAACUGAGCUCCAGAAUUAAUGCUAAAAUAGAUAUAUGUGUAUCUAUUAGAAAUUUGUAUUGCAAAUUGUAGAGAUUUUUUUUUUCUCUCCGGAAUGUCGACAUUUAAUCUUAGAAGCAUUCAUUCCAUUUUAUUCAUUUUGCAUAACUAUAAGGCAGGAGUUUAUGAAUUGGCAACAGGCAAAUGCUUCCAGGAAUCUUGCACAUUCGUGAGAUUUGAACGCAGAGCUGUGCGCUGGAUCAUGUCUGCCUUCCUUUGUGCUUGUACGUGGGAGAGACAGCAUUCUGUUUAAAUGUACUUUCAAUAUUUAUUUUAUUUAUUCCACAUUUUGUAUAUUCAAAUAUUCCAAAUGUUUCCAUAUCGUACCAUGUUGCGUUUUUCUGAAGCAUAACGUUAGCCAUUUUUCUUACAAGCGUUUUCCUUCAUACUGUUGAACAAGUUGAAGAAGUACGCAAAAGCAAACUAUAUAUAGAUAAAUAUAUAAAUAUAUUUAAUUGGAUAUAUAUAUAUAAUUCGAUAUGCUUUUUAAUGUGUUUGGAAUACUGACCCCACCCCCAUUUCUAAAUAAAAAAAGUACAGAAAAAUCCAAACUUACCUUUAUUCCAUCUCUGGGAGAGUCUCCCUGCUGCAGCUCCGUUCUGCCUUUUGUGCAGUCGUCAAUACUGAUAGCAUGGAUCCACGCAGACGCUUCUCAUAUUAGCAUGCGCAACUACUGAAUUUGAUGCUUCUCUGUGAGAAGCAAUUACUAUCUCUUUAAACUGCAGUUCAAAGUAAAUGAGUCUGAAUCCCUUACAGCUGUCUGCAUGACAGCUGAGUGGAGCUCCUGAAGAUAUUUAUAACAAUGUCGUGAGAAAUCAUCACUUUUAUAAUAAUAUUAGCCUGCAGGACUUGCAGUUAGCGCAGACAAAGAGAGUCGACAGCUGAAAUGCAAAAUACAGGCCAAACUAAUUGAGAUGGAAUUCUAUUUGUCAGAUAUUUUAGAUUAAAUCUUGCAAGUCAGCUCUUUAUAUUUCACUGUGUGUUGAACAAAGUAACAUUUUUGUGUCUCCAAUUCCCCCAAAGAAGGGGUUGACGCUGACCUGGGCGAUGUAUAGCUCUGCAGAACACGCAUAAAUGGUGUCAUUCAUACUAUGGUAUGUGAAUAUUUUCAGGAUCUGCUCAUGGAGAUGGAGAGUAUGUGUAACUAGUAGAGCGCACUCUUCAUUUAUCGCAGUUAAGCGUUUACGCUGGAUCUAUGGAAUCUUCCAUUCCUCGUGUGAUAUUCUUGGCAUUAAACCAUGUUUAGUGUGUAUUUUAUGGGUUAGUCAGUGAGGGAAAUAUUCCAAGCCUGCUUUUAAAGCAGAGCUCUCUCCAAGUAUGUUUUAUCCAAACAUAUGAAAUGAAUGUACUUACUUUCUUUCUUCCCUCUUUUGCCCUAUUACAUUUACGUCUUCAAAACAUUAACAAGGUUAUUUACCAAAGUGAGAAUUGAAUGUGAAUUUCAUAUAUAAGUCUAUAGUGUCUGAACUGAAAGCAUAUGUGGCUUAGAGAAUUUUUUUUGACCUUCAACUUGAAAUUCUCCCUUUUGGUUAAUAACCCUGUUGGAGGCACAUUUGCUUAACAGUGAAUUGGGAUUAUUUGACAAUACUGGGGUGUACCCGCCAAUUAGCAGGUUGAGAAUUGACCAAUAUACCAGAGAAUAAAUUCUCUAAUCAUGCUGCAUUAGCAUUUUUUAAGCCUGCAUUUUGCAAGUCGUUUCUCAACUCACCACAACACUUGUUUAGAGAAUUGAUCCCAUUAUUGCAAAAUGUAAGCCAAAAUAGCCACGCUUAACAAAUAGCUGAACUGAAGAUUUUUUUUGUUUUAGCUUUGUCCAGAGCGGACAGAGCUAAAAUAAAAAUCUUUAACUCAGGUAUUCGGCCACCCAUCUGUCCGAGAUACAGCCAAAGAGUCCUGAUUUUUUUUUUCCAUGUUGUCCUACUUCGGGGGAGAAGUCCUCAAAUGGUAACCAACAAAGCAAGUGUAGGGCAUUUUGUAGUGCUGUACACAAGAAAAGUUCUGGCAGGUUGGCAUACUGACUGGGUACCGACGCCCCCCUUACCCCUGCACAUUCUCAUCACAAUUUUGUACCUGCUGGUAUAUGCUAUUUUUUUAAAGGGACACUAAAGUCACCUGAACAACAACAUCUUAAUGUAUUUGUUCUGGUGAGUAUAUUCAUUCCCUGCAGGCAUUUUCAUGUAUUAUUAUUAUUAUUUUAUUAUUUAUAUAGCGCCAUCAAAUUCCAUAGCACUAUACAAUGAGUGGACUAACAGACACGUAAUUGUAACCAGACAAAUGGACGCACAGGAACAGAGAGGUUUAGGGCCCUGCUCUUACAUGCUAGAGGGAGUGGGAUAUAGUGGCACAACGGGUAUAAAUAGGGGUAAUGAAGGAAAAGGCAGUGUUUAAAAUCAGGCAAGUUUAUUACCUGUUAAGAGGGUUAAGGGGGGGUGGGGGGGGGAAGCCACCUAAAUGGUGGUUUUAACACUACAGGAUCAGGAACAAUGAAUAAUGAAGAUUCUUAAUUGUAGUAAAGGUAACGAAAACUUUGCCAAUACCCCUGACAAUAAAAUCCUCGCUGAGGGCCAGGUGGCUAUGGGAGAGCAGGGGAAGGUAGGGUUUACUUACCUGAACCUGUUUAGUGUGAGCACUACCAUGACCUUCCAUCCCUCCGUUUCAGCUGCCAGGAACAGUUGUCCGCGUUGUACCCUUGCGCAUUUGAGAUCUAUGGAGGUCCAUGGGGUCCUCUGUAGAACCCAACCUCCCUUUGUCAAGCUGGCCAAUCGUAGGAAAAAUACUCCAACACAGUCAAAAUAUAUACUGAGACAAAGUAGGGACUACUUCUGCUAUCUAGGGGUUAAUUUUUCUCCGUAUAUCUUUUGAUUGCGUUGGAAUUUCAAUAAAAUUCCUGCAGAGUCAAUGUGAGUAUUUCUUAAAAGAUUUAAUCUUCGUGAAAUACUCAUUUUCUAUAUAAGGGUUAAUGAGCCGCUUUAAGAUUCUGUUGUUGUGAGAUGUAUAUAUUUUAAAAUUGUGUUACACUUGUUGAAAGUUUGGGUAAUAUCAUGUGUGUGUGGUCCACACAGCUUCUGCCAGUUUUAGUAUUUACAAAAUGGUUUGAGUUAUUUUUUUAGUUAUUAAGUGUCCCACCGCAAUUGCCCAGCAAUUUUUAUAAAUAUUGAUUAACCAGAAGCAGGCAUUUAUUCAGAGAGUCUGAGGAACACACUGUAUUUUUUGGAAUUCGACACACCUGACAUUCCAUUCUUUCGAAAAGCCAAAAUUUUAGGAGAAAAAAAAAACAGGUAUUUGAGGUUAUUCAAAAUAUCAGAAAGGGAGUUUGUUAGUUCGCACAGACCUGGCUACUUUAAAUUACGCUGUAUUUUUUAAAUGCUCUUUCAGCACUAAUUAUUGAGUUAAAGGGACACUAUAGUCACCAAAACAACUCUAGCUUAAUGAAGCAGUUUUUGCUUCAAUUUUCUGCCAUUCACAUUUGUUUCUGUCUAUGUAGCCAUAGCCAUACCUCCCUGGCCUGUGACUGACCCUUCCUGCAUAAAACAAAUGGUUUCAUUUCAAUCAGAUGUUAACUUACUUUAGAACUUCUUAUCUCCUGCUCUUUAAACUAAACUUUAAUAAUGCACAUAAGGCUCCUGCAGGGUCUAGCAAGCUAUUAAUAGAGCAGGAGAUACAAAAUUCUAAAUUAAAAGCCGAAAGAACCAGGGGAUCAAAUUACAGCUUUGAUCCUCGCACCAGUCAAUAACCUUAAAACGAUGCGGGUAGUAUUCUCAAACUGAUGAGAUAUAGUAGACCUGCGUGUCCCAAGAUGCAAUUCUUCUUAACGUAUGUAUCGACUGUCUGAACAACUUUUGGAUAAAAACAGAUUUACAAAAAAUAAAAUUCUAAAUUAAACAGAAUGUGCAAUAAAGGAGGAUUAAGCAUUAGAUCUCUCUUUACAGGAAGUGUUUAGGCAGGCUGUGCAAGCCACAUGCAGGGAGGCGUGACUAGGGCUGCAUAAACAAAGUGAUUUAACUCCUAAAUGGCAGAGAAUUGAGCAGGGAGACUGCAGGGACAUAAUCUAUAGACCAAAACUGCUUUAAUAAGCUACAGUUGUUUUGGUGACUAUAGUGUCCCUUUAAGCUUCCAGGAUAGUUUCUGAUAUAGAAAAAAAGUGACCAACAACUUAAGCUGUAAGCAACCAAUCAGAACCUGAGAUAUAUGAAGUUACGCCAAUAUAUCUUCUUCCCUUCUGUUGAAAACUGAAAAGGAAAUGCAUUGUAGUGUUGAUGAUGCAGUACACACAUUGUGUCCAGAAAAUGUCCAGAAAUCCAAUUUAGUUAGAAUUCCAAGGGUUGUGAUUGAGGUUGAGAAAUUUGAGGGGACUUACUAAUAAAAAUUAUAACAAGUGCAAUGGAUCUUUUUUACACAGACUGAAUUCUAAACUUAUUUAUUGUAGUUUAACUAUAUAUUACGGCGAAUAUGAGUGAUUUGGAGCUCUGGACAUUAAAACAGAAAAGAGGGCAGACAGAUUUUGUCCCAAAUAGGGAUUGUCCCUCCUUAAUAUGGAAAGCAGGGAGUUAAUUAAUAAGCAUGCAGAAUACCAAAUGUCUAGGAAGAAAUUGACUUAUUCUGACAGUAAGACCAUACAAAUUGUUUAAAAGUCUCAUAUUUAAACAUUGAACUGGUAACACAUGUUUUGCCUGAGUGCUUAAUCGCUGGAGUAAAUAGAAUUAAUUUCAUCAGAAAAACCAUGCACAUCCCUAAUUUGGUGAAAUGGUGUCAAAGAGACUGGUGAUAUUGGAAGAUAUAAAAUCUGGACUAAAAGGGCUGGGCACGACUGAGGGGUAUGCCACGGGCUGCAUCCCUGAUCACGGCUGCUUUGAAUGUGGUGCCAUCCAGGAGGAGGAGGUUGGGGUUGACAUUUGACAGGUUAUCCAAGGUGGCCAGCAAACCAAUGUGAACAGAAUAUCAAAGUACGUAUGCAUGUACUGUGUGUUUAAAGAGUUAAUCCAAGCUCACAGCGGACUUGAUAGAUUUGAAAUGGUCAUGGUGUCUGGAGUCUGUAUGUUUACCGUUUAACUGCUUUCAGAGCUGUAACUCCACAUCCGAAUUAGAGUUCCGGCUGCUGUCAAUACUGUGUAUCUUUCAUUGCACAGAAUGAUAGUAAUUGGCUGGAAGCAGUCAGCUGAUGCUCUCAGCCAAUGAAAGUCGACCACCUCCACGGCUUCUGCAGCUCUGCAGAACCCGGUGGUGCAUCACUGGACCACCAGGGAGACUCAGAGCCUGCCAAAGACCCAGGUAGGGGGGCAAACUUUUUCUAAACAUUUUGCCCUAUCACUAGGGAACUGCGCCAGGGUAGGUCUGGCAUCUUAACCACUACAGCGAGCGGUAAUGGUUAUAAUACUUGAAGUAACCCUUUAAUGAUACUUUCAUACUGAACCUUUUGGGGUCAUUCUCUCUGUAUCCUAAACAGGCACUGGCCAACCAAUCUGGGACAGUUAUUUUGGUACAGUUUAUUUUUGUUUUUAAGGGUCAGUAAAAUAAGUAAUGAUUUGCUUGACUGGUUGCACUGUAACCUCUGACAUCAUGGCCUUAGUGAUUAGAGCUCUGGACAGAGGAAAAUGUCCAGCACCCAUACCUUUAUUUUACUUACUGUGAUUACGAAGGAACUCCCAAUUUACAUCUGUGCGUGUUCCUUCAGAAUUGAAGCUCGUCAACUAACUUGGGUGCUGCGUCGUAAAAAAAAUUGCUUUCUUCCUUUGUAACAGAGCAUUUCUAGAAACACCAUAUAGGACCAUAUAAGAAAAAAAAUAUCCAAAACUGAUUAUUAAAGCUAAGGAAAAAGAUAGAUUUUAGAUCAUUUAAAACUAUUAGCAAAAUGAAAAUCAAGUGAUGGCUGUAUAUUUGCAUCAUUGAUUCUAAAUGCCAAAUAAUUGAAUAUUUGAGUUUCAGUAACAUGUUAUUGUUUUAUCGCUUUUGGGAAGGGAGACAUAAUUUUUCUACUGAUGAACCGAAAUAAAUUAGGCUGAAGAGUGGGAUCCUUCGUUCAGUGACCAGGUGAGGAGCAGGUCCCUAAGGAAGGAGACUUUUCUCUAUGUUUUCUUUUUUAUUUGCUAGUUAAAACGCCCCAUUCCCAGAAAAUGGUUAACAAGAAUGUUUGCCUUUAGAUCGCUACGUAGUUACUCAUUCUUUUCUUAGAGACGAUUUUGCUUUAAAGUCGACAAGCACGAAAAAUUGAUCCAUUUUCCCCGUGAGAUCUUAAAUGCAAAUACAAUAAUCACUAAACACCCAGCACACUUGUGAUACGAAUUGCGGCUAAUUCACUAUUCGCUGGUGCAGUCAGUUGCAAAUAUUCCCACUGAAACCCACUGCUCUGUAACAUAUUGCUUUAACUCCCCCCCCCCAUCACCUUGCAGAUAAAAUAUUUACACGUACAGCUGUCUCUUUAGAACACGUGGCUGCAUGCUCAUGAAUACUGCAUAAUGCUUAUAUAAAAUGUUUGAUGAUGCCAAUGACUGAUUGUAAACUUUCAAGCUUGAAAAUCAAAGGGAAAGUGUCGCCAAUAAAUUGUUUAAUGUAGACCAUUAAAAAUAAAAAAAAACAUUGAUUCACUAAUCAUUAAACACUACCUACAUAUAGUAUCCUCUUAAAGUGCACCUGUCACCUUAAAUUUGAAACAGUGUCAUAUUGUAUUGCUCAUUAUUAUUUUUUACAUAAUGGGCUAAUCACAUUGAUAGCUAAUAGCUAUCAUUAAACAUUAACAUUAAAAAUUAAUGAAAGUCUUGAUGUAUUCAGCAAUCCAGUCAGUAAGUAGAUACAGGAUCUACCUUCAGUGAGUGUAAUAUUUAAUCUGUAUUUGAAAUGACAUAUAAUUAUUUAAAGAGGCAGGAUACUCAAAGUAACAUAAUAACGACAGGCUGCCUUAAGACCCACCAUUUGAACUAUUUCAGAAUGACUUGACAUAAACCAGGGGGAGUAAAAAGGCAAGUUGGAUGGACACAGGAGGUCCGAGAUUGACUAAGAAAUCCUAGCCAUUUCUCAUGUCCUUCUCAUGCCCUGCAAAUUACUUGGUAACCUGUCAAGCCAUUUAUGAACUGUUUAAUACUUUCCUGUCUCUGUCGGGUACCCAUGUCUCUUCCAGUCUGAAGUGACAAAGCAAGAUUCAUACUAAGACAUUGAAUACUCCCAGCUACCGCCAUACACUUGAUAUGAACCUCUUCAAAUGUAAAGAAGGACCACGGGUACCUGACAGUGCAAGGCAAACCUUUCAUAAACAUUUUGAUGGCUCAUUGUGGGAUGGCGCCAUUGGGCACCAUGCAUCAUGACUACCACAGGGUGCUGUAGCAGUGAUGGUGUUUAGAGUUCCCUCUAAUAUAAAAAAGAAGAUCCCUACAAACUAGUCUCCCUCUUUAGUUAAGAGAAAAUAAUAUUUUCCCUUCUAGGAAAAGUCUAAAAUCUGCCAAUUUUUAUAGAUUCCGCAACAUUCUGCAUAGUGUGCAUUUUUUGCAUUCUUGAAGCAGAGAACGAAAUGAAGAAACUUAGUAGCGUUUUUCUAAGAAUCACAGUGGUUCUUCAGUGGGAGAAAAAGACACUGUAAGCUCCCAGGUGCCUAAAUCUAAAUAUAUCUAAUUAAUUAUAUGUUGUCUGGUAUUGCGCUGUCAUGAUAUAGUAAAAUAUUUCAAGUUAAAUGGCUCGAGGUAGAUCUAAGCUUCACUGCUCACAUUAAAAAAAGAAAGGAUAGCUUGAACAGUUACAUAGGAGUUAGGGGAAUGUCAAUCACCUAAUGCGUUUUACUCAAGGGCACUUUAUCAAUGAUGUCACUGCCAAGAUUUAACACCAGGUUAUGUUCACACAGUGAUAUCAAGGAAAACUCCAGUUGAUGUUGUGUAUUCAUUAUGAAAGCUUACAAAUUGUUACUGACUGUAAUGAGGCCUCAUUGACGGCAAAUGUAUAUAUUUUCUAGUCUUAGAACACUAUCGAUAUCUGGCUUGGGGGACUAUAGUUUCAAGCAGAGAUCCUGUUUCUGCAAAUAUUUGUUGUCUUCGUCAAGUAAAAAACCCACUUCAGUUGUUAUUCAUCAACAGCAAAGGUAUAAAAUAUGAGCAUUUACUAUAGAAAUUAAUUAAUUGGUCCUGCUCAUUGCCCCAAAUAACAGCCUUGGAUGAGAUUUAUUUAAGGCAAAACCAGAUACUAUUGUAGGACAAAGCUCUAAAUAAGGACAUGUCACCAUGGAAACCAGUAGUAGCUGAUGUGAUAAUUAGUUAUGUUUAGUGUUUGUUUUUUAAGUGAUAUUUUGUAUUGUGCACAUACACAUUAAAUGCCGAGUUUUGGCUUAGGAUUUAAAAAUGGACUAAUAAUAAUUAAAUUAUAUUUACCCUUGAAACUAGUUAUUUGCAGCUUCUCGGGGAUCAAUGUCUAACUACGAAACAUCCUAGCCAUUAUUUUUGCUCCUAAAGCUUACUAAAAGUAUUACUUAUGCCAUAAAACAUUUACAGUUUAUCUGCCAGCUUUAUCCUCACAUCUGAACAACCCAUGGCAGUCAUGGAAGCAGUUAGCUUCAUUCAUGAAAACCAUGAAUGAAGCUACUUCAGAGAUGCAUUAGAAUAAUUGCAACCUGCAAAGAAUAUAAGUGUUCUACUUUAAGAAACAUUUGCCAUUACUCAAAUCUAUUAGUCACGUGGCUUUAGACUAUUGUUAGAAUGACCCAACACAAAUAUAAAUAGGGGAAACAUUGAGUUUAGUUAAAGCUUUUUUUUCUUCAGAUUAGUGUGUUGAAGGGCAUCCAUUUAAUUAUAUUUAUAGCUCAGCUUUAAUUUAGCUCAUUCCACAUUGUUGGCAAUGGAUAGCUAGAAUUCGUCUCUUAAUACCCAGGGAAUGUAGGAUGCAUACCCUACAGGGUCACGUUAAUUUCUGGAAUUGGAUCGACACAUUCUACCCAGCCUACCUAUAUCUCCAAGACCGAUUCAUAAAACCCUAUCUGUCCCCUAGCCUCCAAAAACUAUUUUCUGAAUCUGUAAUCUACCUAUUGUUUAAAAAAAUGUUUAAUGUUUUACAGCUGUUUAAAUGUAUGUGUGAAAGGCCAGAGCAAAGGCUUUAAAGCUUUCUCAGAGAACGUUCUGUACAUACACUACACGCGGCUAGAUUCUAGGAAAGAAUGCAUUUGUAAUUCCAGUACUUUUUUUGCUCAGGGCAGUCAUAAAUAGCUCUAUCUAGGUAAUGUCAGCAUACCUUUCACAUGGCCUUGAUACCUGUAGUGACACGUGCAGCUAUUUUGUUUUAACUCUUUAACUUUGUGACUUUUUUUUUUUAAUCAACUUUUUUUUUUACACUGACUAUACGCCUAUGUGGUCUAUUAGAAAAACAAAUGUCUGGUAUCGAUAAAGUGUUAAUUAAAGAGACACUCCAUGCUUUACAUACAUACUGCAGAACUGAUAUUUAUUACGCAUUAAUUAUGUAGAUUUCAGAUGAUCAAUGUGCUUUUGUCAAUUAAAUUCCUAAAUGUUUGACAAACAAGGGAAACUGCACUCAGAAACUCUUGGUAACAUAAUUGUGCAACUGAGCUGCAGUGGUUAUGUUGCUUAACAGUAUAUAUCUGUAAGAAAUGCUGAGUGCUAAUUGAUUAUCACGGUUAUUCUCAGAACUCCGAAUGUUAGAUCCGAAUGUUAAAACUGAGGUUAAAAUGGCUGAAUUGGGAACAUUUUCCAUCUCAGCCGCCUGGAGUUCUGGAGUUUAGUGAAUAACCCUUGUAUAUGGUAAAUUGACAUGGUCUCGUUCAGGCAAACAGAACCUGUAUUUGUAGAGAGUGAGAUAUACUAAUAUAGUUUCAAAGCAUACUCUGCAAAAACAUCAGAAUGAAACCAUAAAAAAGGAUAAAUGUAAAGCAAAAUUUAACAGGUUAUAUGUAAAAAUGCACACAUGAAGCAUAAAGUCACGCUAAAGCUAACCAGGCUAUUUCAUCUCAAUGAAGUGGUCUGGGUGCAGUGGUCCUGUCCUUUUAAGUCUGUUAUGUAAACCAUUGCUGUUUUGAAGAAACUGCAAUGUUUACUUGGCAGGGUUAAGUCCACCUCUUUUGACUGUCUUUCUCUCAGCCACUAGAGGUGAAUCCGUAGCUCUGACUGAGUACAACUCCGUCACGUAAUGUGAAACCCUGAAUAGGAAAGCAACUGCCACACAUGCGCAUCAGGACUCAAACUCUCCUCUACGAGUAGAAUUGGCUCAGACCAUAAAUUGGAGGAGGUCUGAGAGAGGUAACCAGUGUCACGGGUAUGUAUUCCUAAUGCUUUAGCAUUCCUUUAAAAAUCUAACUUUUGGUACAAUGCAAAGUAUUAUCUGAAAAGUUACACCACGCUAUUUUUGCCUGACAGGUUCACUUUUAAUCUGCUGAGUUCAUUGUCAAUUCUGGAGAGUUCCUGGGUUCAACGCUGUGUCUAUGAAAAGCUGUGGGGCGUAGCGUUUGUUCAGUAUGAAGGGAGAUGCAUGGUUUAGUGUUGAGACUUUUGAGAACUCCGCAAUUUAUUUUGACAUCUGUGGAGAGCAGCAGAGUUAAUUAUUAUGAAUUUGUAGAACUGCCGGGUUCAAUUCUUUGUUUAGGAAGAGUCACAAGAUUUAGUGCCAUAUCUAUGAAGAGAUUUUGCAAAGUCUGGGGGGGCUGUGGGAUUCAGUGUUGGAUAACUGCUGCUUAUUAUUGUAUUGCUAUUUUUAUAUAUAUAUAUAUAUAUAUUUUUUUUUUUUUAUGUUUGAUUACUGUUUAUGAAUUCUUUGUGUAUUUCUGGAGAGAAAUGGGUUACAUUUGUAGCUUAAACCAGGGCUGCAUUUAAUUACAAUUCUUUAAGGUGGCACCAAUGAUAAUACAUUGAAAUGAGUAGUCAUAGCCGGGGCUGGUGUACCAUUCUAAAAUCCCUUUAAUAUUAUCUGGGCCUAAAUAGACCCUAACACUAACUCUGUAACUUUUAACUUGCUAAAUAUUCUCCCUGCACUCUGAAACUUCACGUGUUGUGUCAACCAUGUGGAUUAAAGAACUUGAUACUAUUCCACAGUUUUACAGUGUCUUACUAUACCAAAAAAUAGAAUGGAGAAGGAAGCCUGUAUGGGAACCGCUAAGAGGUGGGAAAAAACUAAACUCAAAAAGCUUGUUCAGCUUGUAUCAAAGUGAUUAUAUAAUGAUGUUAAUGUCACUCAGACUUGUAUGCCUGCGGCGUGGUUCAGGAUUGUGUAAUUAUAAGUUGCAUGUAAAUCAGCUGCCAUAGAACACAUCCCAUCAUGUAGAAAGACUAAUGUAUCAGUGACUGUCAGCAGGCAAAAUUCUUCCUUCUUGUCUCCCAUCUUCUCAAAGAUUCAAUGUGUUCGCACCUGUCCUCCACUAGUCCCUCUCUGGUAUUGUUAUUUCAAGGGGAUCUCCAUUAAAGAAUGAUUUUCACAGGUGCACAUCUAACUCUGCCCCCAAAAUUUAACUUAAUUAUUUGAGUAUUGACAUCAUCUCUUGUUUGUACGUAGUCCACAGACAGACUUUAAUUUUAGCAUGUAUGUCCUGGAAAAUGAACGAUGUGUGUAACUGUGCUUGUUAUCAAGCAGAGGUUGGCAUUCCCAAAACAAAAGCGCUUCUCAUUUUGGAAUCUGACAUUUUUUGAAGAUGAAAGUGAAUCAAAUCUUGUUUUAAUUCACAUAGAAACAGUGCUCUGUCACUUGCCUCUCAGGCCUCUCCUGAUAUCAUGUGGUCACUGAAUGUACAGAUCUCUUACAAAGUGGGGCUAAGUGCUCCUUAGAAAAAUAGCUCAUCUCAAACCACAUUGACUGUGAGUGCUUUAAUAAGUCUUCAUAAUUCUUUAAUUUCAAUUUAUUUUGCACAAUAGACAUAUUUUGGCUCAGACUGCUAGCCUCUUUAGAAUUGCAACUCAUUGUUUUCUCUUUUUCACUUUCUGUGUGUUCAUUUAUUUUGCUUUUAAAGGAUUACUUCAAGCACCAUACCAAACACAGCUCAGUGAUGACCCCCAUAUAAGAAGUAAAAGUGUUUUAGAACAGUUUCACUUCCUAUCUGUGUACUUGGCUCUGCUGUCCAUCUCUCUUUUUCCUCUCUGAGAGCCGUAAGCUCCUGCUACGAGUGUCCAUUGUUUCUUGAGCUAAGCCGUGCAGUUACAGGUUUGCUCAUUGGCUAAAGUGUCAGCUGAUGCUCUCGGCCAUUGAGUAAAGUCCUGCACCAACCAGCUCUCACUGAGGUGAGGAGUGGGCACUCCUGGAGUGUUUAUUUAAGGAAUCACUGUAGCAAUGGGAAUAGAAAUGUGUAUUCCUAAUGUGUGUGUCCUAGUCACGGUUUAGUUGAUGCCUCUCCCCAAUCUCAACCAAUCAAAUUCUUUCCAAUGGAAAGGUAAGCAUGCAUCUCUAUGAGACUGUGACUGAAAUAGCUGAAUUUUAGUGGCUGUAAGUGUUAGAGUCAUUAGAGGCAUUUAAAUGUUUCAAUUGCAGAAUGACAAUUUUUUCAGUUGCCUGGUUUAAACGCGAGGGGAUAUUGCACCCAAAAACAAGAGGGACAUGGUCUGGGUGCCUAUAGUGUCCCUUUUAUGAAAGCAGAACUGUGAUCUUUGAGUUUAUCAUUUUCUGUGAAAUUACUAAACAUUCAAAAUAUACACAUAUGACAAAACAGGGAUUACUUAAUCAUACAUUUCUAUGUAAAUGUGGAGAAAUAUUGAAAAGGGUAAGUGUUCAUCUUUCUCUUGUUGUAGUUUGACAUUUUUCCCUCAGCUGUCACCGAGGGAAAACCAGGACAAAAAUUUUGGGGCAUUUGAAGUGCUUUUAGUUAUAUAAUUAAUACAUAUUAUAUGAUUAGGUAUAAUUAUAAUUUUAACUGCAACAUUCUGCAGUUCGGCAUUAUAACAGUAUUAAUAUAGUGAUGACUUUCUUACAAUCAGACCAACACUGCGUAUUUUUUAUAUCUAUCGACAUUGCGUUAUGUUGUGAAAUGGCACAAUGACAUAAUCCUAGACAUUUCAGAUCCAACAAAAGAUUCUAAUCUAUUUUUUUUUCUCCAAAACCCAGAAGAAGAAAAACUAUUUGAAGAUUUUAAAGUCAUAUAAGUCCUGUUCAGCUGUCUAAAAACUGUCUCCUUUAAUCUGAGGUCAUAAAAAUCAUUGAUUCUUCAAAGUUGAUUCCUGUGAGUACCUCUUGCAUCAUAUAUGUGAUAUCAUCGCUGUUGACAUUAGGUUAAAAGUUCAUCGCUGCAAGUAUAGAUUAUAUUAGUUAUCUUCUGAUUGUUCGUGUGGUAUAUGAAGUGUAAUAAUUGCUGAUGUCAUUGCCGGUGUCGAUUUUUUUUUUUUACACUACGUUGUUGCAAUUUGAGUAAAUAUUCUUUAACAUCAGUGAUUUCUGUUUAGUUUCAAAUUAAUUAUUUACUUUAACACAUUGUAUUCACAAAAGUAUUGGGACACCUGGCCAUUACGCUAACAGGGACUUUCAUGACAUUGCAUUCUAAAUACAUAGAUAGACAUUAAUAUGUAGGUGGUCCCCUCCAUUCUUCUGGGAAGACUUUCCACAAGAUUUCAGAGUGUUUCUGUGGGAAUUUUUACCCAUUCAUCCAGCAGAGCAUUGAAGGUCUGGCUCGUAAUCCCUGUUCCAGUUCAUCCCAAAGGUGUUUGAUGGGGUUGAGGUCAAGGCUUGAUGCAGGUUCUUCCUCACCAGAGUCACCCAACCAUGUCUUUAUGGACCUUGCUUUGUGCACUUGGGCAGAGUCAUGCCGGAAUAGAAAAUGGCCUUCCCCAAACUGUUCCCACAUAGUUGGAAGCAUUGCAUUGUCCAAAAUGUCUUCGUAUGCAGAGGCAUUAAAAGAACACUAUAGUGUCAGUCUAAAUAGUCCCGCAGGCCCCCUAACCUUCUGUUAAAAAGGAAAAAGGUGAUUUACUAACCUUUUUGCAGCACCUCGCUAGUCUGGUCGCGACUGGCUUCGACCACACUCUGCCGGCUUGGCUGAGAUGAUCAAACUUGAUGAUCUUAACCAGUCCAAUGCUUUCCCAUAGGAAAACAUUGGGAGACAAUCACGCAUGCGCGCCAAAAUGCCAUACGGCGCCAUUCAGAAUCUCUUCAUGGAGACUCAGUGCAUCUCAAUGGGGAAAGUUCACCACCUCCAUGCAGAGCACUGACCCAGGAAGCACCUCUAGUGGCCCACUGAGUGACUGUCACUGGACCUAUUCCUAGGUAAUAAUGUAAGCACAGCCAUUUCUCUGAAAAGGCAGUGCUUCAAUCAAAAUUCAUGCAGGGACAGGCUAUAGACACCAGGACCAAUACAUUAAGCUGUAAUGACUACACCAGCUGUUCUGGUGACUAUAGUGUCCGUCUAAGAUUUUCUUCCUAACUUAGGAAGAAGGCAGUUAGAGUCCUAGCCAAACCACUGAAAAACAGCCCCAUACCAUCAUCCCUCCUCCACCAAACUUUACAGUUGGCGCAAUGCAGUCAGGCAGGUAGCAUUCUCCUGGCAUCUGCCAAACCCAGACUUGCCCAUCAGAUUAAAAAAUAUCAAAGCACACCACAGAACACGUUUCCACCGCUCCAGAGUCCAAUGGUGAUGUGAGGCUUGCAUGCAGCUGCUCGUCCAUGAAGCUCCCAAAGCACAUUUUUUGUGGUGGUAGUAAUGCCAGUACUCUGUGACCCCUGCAGUUCCUAACACAUUUGUUUUCAGCUUACUACACUUAAAGGGUCAGGAAUACAAACAUGUAUUUCUGACGUUUUAGCCCUAGAGUGGCCAUUUAGGUCACAGGUCCCUCUCUGAUCGCAGUAAAAAGGUUGUUAAACUCGUCUUUUCUAGUGCAAAGAUACACAAUAUUUUUUUCUAUUAAUAUGCUGAGGGAAAGGUAAUGCAUUUCUCACUUCUGAAAACGUAAUAAAUAUCUCAGUAAAAACCAUAUUUGAAAAAAGAAAAAAAACCUCACCUUUUCUCACAUCGGCUGGCCCCACCUCUGUGGCUAAAAUCUUCAAUCUUGAUGAUUGAACAAGGCAAACACAGCCCUGACCAAUCAGCAUCUUCUCAUAGAGAUGCAUUGGAUCAAUGCAUCUCUAUGAGGAACGUUCAGUGUCUGCAUAAAGAGCGUACUGAAUGGCAGUGCUGCACACUAGGUAGCACUGCCCCAGGAUGCAUAUCUAGCAACCAUCUGAGGAGUGGCCAGUGGAGGUAUCCCUAGGCUGUAAUAUAAACACUGCUUUUUCUCUGAAAAGACAGUGUUUACAGCAAAAAGCCUGUAUGUAAUAAUCAUACUCACCAGAACAAAUACAAUAAGCUGUAGUUGUUCUGGUGACUAUAGUGUCCAUUUAAACAUACGUUUCCUUAGAUUUAUACUAACUUCCCAGCUCUGCAUUUUGCCCAGCACUUACCUCCUUGUUAUUGCAGAACAUUGUACAGUCAAAUGAACAAAGAUUGGUGGGUUUAUUGCAGUCUAGUCUAUAUAUAUAGUUUUGAGCGGAAUUAGUGUAGUUUUUAAGUAUGAAUUUAUAUGUCCAUUAGGAUGGUUACUUGCUAAAUGAAACUAUGUGAACUAAAAUUCUUAUACGGCUAAGCCUUAAAAUUGAUUAGCUUUAUAUUCCACAUAAGCUGUUCAGGAAGUUUUUUUUUCAUCAGCUAUAUAUAUUAACUCCCUCCUUCCUGAAAGCUAGACAGAAAGAGCUUUAUGUUUGCUUUAUCCGCUAAAGUGGGAAUUGUCAGGAAUUCAAAGGGAUUUUAACAUUUUAGGCCAAGAUAGACAAGUUAAAAAAAUUCUCCAAACCAGCUGUGUGUUUUGUUUGGCUAAUUUAAAAUUCACUUUGAAUUCCAAGCAGUUCACACGUUAGUGAAUAGCCCUGUGUGUAUCUCACCCAGCAGUCUAUCCAGGGCGUCUCGGGUUAGCAUGCUGUGUGUGCUGACACCAAAUUCAAAAGCUGCUUGCAGCUCAUAUUGCCAAUCAGGAAGAGAGUAUACCGACUGGCUGAUUGACAGCCUACGGAGGCGGCCCUACUACAAUAAGGAAUUUAUCUCUGGAAUUAAAUGGAAUUUUAAAAAGAAUGAAUGCUUUAGUAAGAUUAAGUGGUUGUGGUGGUUAGAGUGACACCUAAACAGAACCAUGGAGGAGAAUUUUGUUUCUUUGCUGAUGGGACCAAAGACCAAUGGUAACGUAAUGAUAACGUGUCAGUCCACUACUGUACAGCGAAUUUGUUGGCACUUUAUAAAUAAUAAAAAUAAGUUUUUGAGGAUAUGAGUUGACAAGAGGUGCCCAGCAGAAUGCCCACACAGUUAUCUCACUCCAUGUAUGGCAGUAGGUGGGUUUUUACAAAGAAGGCCUUCCAUACCAAUUGCAGGGCCCAGGGCAACAAAUAGCCUGGCACCAACACCCACUGUUUUUCACACAAACACUUAUAAUUAGCAACACAGAGAUACACAAAACAUAACAAGCCACUCUCAUACAUACAUAACGGACACUGACACACUCAAAUGCUCAUGCUCAUACUGGCUCUCAUACACAGACUCACACUAUAUUCAUACAAUGACAUUUGUACUAGCAAACGUACACUAAGGCUCAUACUAACAUACACCUACACUCAUACGAAUACACAUACCCUGACACUUAACACUAACAUACAUAUACUAACACUCAUACUGACACUCCUACUAGCACAAACACUAACACUCACACUAACGCACAUACCCUAACACUCAUAGUUAAUGACCACUAUAGGCACCGAGACCACUUCUGCUCAAUGAAGUGGUCUGGGUGCUAGGUCCCCCUAGUUUUAACCCAGCAGCUGUAAACAUAGCAGUUUCAACUACUGCUGUGUUUAUAUUGAGGGUUAAUCCAGUCUCUAGUUGCUGUCUCCCUGACAGCCACUAGAGGCCGCUUCCGUGAUUCUCACUGUGAAAAUCACACUGAGAUGACGCUGGACGUCCAUAGGAAAGCCUUGAGUAAUACUUUCCUAUGGGCGUUUUAAAAAUGCGUGCACAUGGGCUUUCCGAGCUGACGUUGGCAGGGGGAGGAGAGGUCUGCGCCGAGGGAGCUGGAUUAAGGUAAGUGGCUCAAGGGGUUUUAACACCUUCAGCUUAGCGGGAGGGGGGCUCCGAGGGAGGGGGAUACCUAAUAACCCUAUAGUGCCAGGAAAACUAUUUUAUUUUCCUGGCACUAUUGUGGUCCUAUAAAACAUAUACUAACAUUCGUAGUAACACACAUACGUUAACACUGCUACUAACACUCAAACUUACACACAUACACUAAUAUUCGUACUAACAUACAAACACUAACACUAGUACUGACAGACAUAGAUUAACACUGCUACUAACACUUGUAUUAAAACACAUACACUAAUAUUCGUACUAACAUACACUAAAACCCGUUCUGAAACACAUAUACACUAGCACUGCUUACACAUAUACUAACACUCAUACCAACAUACAAUAACACUUGUACUAACAUACAUUGUAAUAUUCUUUCCUCUCUUUUUGCUGACUUGCUGCUUGCGGAUGAGGAACAGAGGGAAUGGAGGGUCUCUGACCUGCUCUUCUAGAUGUGAGAGCCAUGAAUGACAUCCUGAGCAUGCUGCCCGGCACUAAGGAGAUGUGUGUGUGAGAGCCUAACAAUGGAAGCUCCCACACAAACUGCAAGACCUUAGGUCAGAGCUCAGACUUAACCAAAGGGCAGCCCUGAUACAAAGUAACGAACAAGCAGGCAGGACACUGCACUUGUCCCUUCCAUUUAUAGUAGAAAGGGAAUUGUUCCACUUCAUUUUGAUUUAAUUUUAUGUAUUCCUCUUAAUCUUCUGCCUUCUGGUUGUUUCUGUGCCAGCCAAAUAUUUAAUUUGGGAUUCAUCUGGAAUUUUUUCUCUAGCAAUUUAGAUAUAAACUGAGCCAGCUUAUUGGGGCUUUGUGCAGUUCGGAAAUUUAACACAUUUAGUGAUCUUUCUUACUGCUGCCACAAAUUUGUUCCAACAAAAUCAAGAGUAUAGUGAAUAUAUUUCUCCAUAUGCUGUGAGAUAAAAAAAACACUUACUAGUUCUGCAGAAACUUGUAUGUUUAGCAGGUGGGUGCUUCAAAUGAUUACCAAAUGUCGGCUCUCUGUACUUCAAUGAAAUUUAAAUUCAAAGCAGUGCAGUCUAUUCACUAAACUGCACAACUAAAAAGGGAAUUGCUAGGAGUUAGGCCAGAGUAAAAAAAUCUGUAAAAACUUAUCCCACUCACCAAUUUUUCUGCUUGGCCUGAAAUUUUCAAGUCCCUUGUUCAAUAUUCACAAUUUUAAGGUCUUUUGUUAAUUCGUCUUUUCAGAAAUCAUAUUCCCUAAAGUGACAUUGAUCUCGCAUGGAACAAAGAAGCUAAACUUAAGUUACAUAAUAGAAUAAAAAGAAAAAAAAUAUGUAACAUAAGCUGUUUCUAGUAACUGAAGACAGUUAUUAGUGAAAACGUCUCUUGUAUUUUUAGAAAAGGAAAGACGUCGGUUCAAUUUUCCAAACAGGACCAUAAAUGAUCCAAACCCUCAAACCCCCACCCCCCUUGGUUUCUUGGAAGGGGCCUUUAAAGUCUUCUGUAGCCUGUCAUUUCAGAGCAAACAGCUCCUCCUGACUUGGAACAGGCUUGUGAAAUCGGUUACGGAGUCCUUUGGAUAAGUGAAUUUUCCAGGAAAGCUCUGAAGCUAUUUCACUGUCAUAUGUUGAACAUACUCCAACUGUUUGGAUAUUGGCAGCUCUGUGAAAUGUUUGGCACAUCAGCUGCAGCUGAAAUUCAGACCAAGUCUCUGAGGUCAAUUAAGUUUAUAGCAGACCUCGCAUACCGACAUUCAUGAUGUAAACCUUUACAUCUGUAACUAAGGGCUUCAUUCGCAAAUCAGUAGGCUCCUUUAGGGGACCGUUCUGCCGAAAAACCAAAGUGUUUAUUUACUAAAUUGGGGACUGUAGAAAAUGAAAGAGGGAACUGCAAGAGUUGCGGAAUUCACUGUUCCCCUUGUUAUCUCUUCACAACAUUUGAUAUAGUGAGUCAGUUCUGAAAUUCUUUUGAGGUGAUAAUUAAUUUUAACCUGGAUCAAAAUAUCUCGGUGUUACCUUGUGAUUCCUUCUAUGGACACAUUGUUUAUGCUCUGUUGAGCAGAGUUCUCGAUACUCAAAUUCGAUACAUCGAAUUUCCCCAUAGGAAGCCAAAAUCCGUAAUGCUUCACCCAUUGCCUAUUUUACCACUUGAAUCAUUGUGGUAUUUCCUUUAUGUGGAUGUUUGAUUGUGCAAUCACGUGGAAACGCAGGUAAAUGUCAAACCGACGAGUAUUUUUAUGAAUAUAAACAAAUAUAUACACAGUGAAACAUUAUGAGAUAUAAAACAAACAUACAUACUGAAACAGAACGUCUUAAACUAAAGAUCAUCACUAUGCUGAUGGACGCAGCAAAAUAAUGAUGUUAUUAUUUUUUAAGUCAAGCAAAUAUUAUCUGCCCACUUGUACUGUGGGCAUACAAAAUAAUCAAACGUAUACAAUUUAUCAAAACAUGGUAAGGUGAACAGAAAUAAGAAGUUAGGAGAGGCCUGCGUAAAUGUGAUUACAAUCUCAAAGUAGGUUAUCCCAGGCACGUUUUUUCCAUAAUAAUGUUUGCCCCUUCUUGUUUUGCUUCCUGGCAUAGCUUUUUGAGCGAAUACUUUCAGAAGUCCUCAAAUCCACGGCCAUUCGUACGUUUUUGGUCAGAAAUGACCACCUAGUACCCUAUUAUCUCAUGAUUCCGCUGCUGCUGCUACUCUGAAGUCAUUACUUUCUGAUAGGCUAUUUUCUGGAAGCAAGGUCAGCCAUAUAAUUCCAUAAUAGAACCAGUGCUGUGUUUUAUGUUAUUAACAGGGAAAAUCAAAUGAACAGAAGAAUUGGUGUUAGAUAUGUAGGUGUUGGGGUGCUAGAUUAAAUAGGGGCAUCAACAAGGAAUAAUGAAAAUAACUAAAAAUUAAAGACAGCAAAGUCAUCACAACCAGAAAAAAAAGAGCCAAACAUGUUCUGGUUUUGUUGUAAGCUUUAGAAAUAAAGUUGCUAUUUCUGCCAAUGAAUCAUCUGAUGUUGAUGCAGGGCAGUUUAUAUUUAGAUAUGACUGGUCACUAAUGCCGGCUCCAUUAUUCUGUUAAUGAAAAGGACAGUACAAAGUUUGAUUUUACGGUACAGGAUCAGGAUUUACUGCGGGGGAGGAACGUUGUAUUGUUUGCUGCAAGUGAUGCUAAAAAUAAUCAUUUUAUGGAACUAGAUCAAGCUCUAAAGGAAAGGUGGGACUGAAAAACAAUUGAAUAAAAACAAGGUGACUUAGUCUUCUUUUCCUCGCUCCAGAUUAUUCCUGGAAGAUACUGGCACAGGCUUAACAUAAUGUAAUCCUUAAUAAGUAAUCUUUCCCAUCACCAUGAAAUAUUCACUCCCUACAUUGUAGCUGAUUUUAAAGGGACACUAUAGGCACCCAGAUCCCAUCUCAAUGAAGUAGUCUGCGUGCCAUGUUCCUGUCUUUUUAAAGGACCACUCUAGGCACCCAGACCACUUCAGCUUAAUGAGGUGGUCUGGGUGCCUGGUCCAUCUAGGGUUAACCCUUUUUCUAUAAACAUAGCAUGUUAGGGUUAAUCCAGCCUCUAGUGACUGUCACAUUGGCAACCACUAGAGAUGCUUCCAAUGAAAAUAAUUAGCACAUUGUGGCUUUUUUUUUUUUGCCCAUGCGCACUAGCCUCCUAAAUGCUUUUCUAAAGGAAUACAUUGUAAGUAAUUUAAUAUUCUGUUUGUCAAUCACUUGUAAAAAAUAAUAAUCUGUAAUUGUAAAACUCUGCAGUAUAUGUUGGCGCUAUAUGAAUGCUAAUUAUAAUAAUACUUAUUUUGAAGUCCAGAAUCAUCCAGGUAUUUUCUGCUGCAGUGAUGCCUGCCCAGAGUGGGAAGUACCUGGCAUUGGUCGGCCAGUGGUAGCUUUCCCGUUAUAUCCAAUGGAAGGUUAGCAUUCGCCUGAAAUCUAUGCUCAGCUGACUGUGAUCAUAGAUCUUGAUGAUCUCAGCCACAAGAGACGGACAGCAUUGCAGAAACCAGUCCUGUUAGGGAAAAAAGCUAAGUAAACUACCUUUAAUGCUCCCUGUAGGUAAGAACCCGGGAACCUAAACGUCUACCAAGGCACUGUAGUGUUAUCAAUCCACAUUUGUAUUCCUAAUGCCAUAGUGUUCCUUUAACGGAGGCAUACAAGCAUGUUUAGUGUCCUACUCACACAAUAGUGUCUGCGUAAUCACGUAGAUAUCUCUGCUCACCUCCCCCCCCCACCGUGUGAAGUAAAAGCAUCAGCCCUAAUUUACCUUUUAGCCUUCAUCACACUGGUCUCCAUGCUAUUACUCCCCUCCCUGUGUUCAUGAUCUCAGCCAAUCCACUUCUUUACCAUUGGGAAGCUAGUGUGCAUGCGCGGCAAUGUGCUGCAUUGCGACUCUAUGAGCAGCGUCUGAUUACGAACAGAGUCUGACUCAGUUCUCAGAAGGGAAGGGCCUCUAGUGGCGUUCUGGAAGACAGCAACUAGAGAUGUGUUUAACCCUGCAUUGUAAACAUUGCCUACAAAACCGCUAUGUUUUAUGUUGUGGGGUUAAAAUGCCAGGGCACUGCUCCCACACCACUGCAUUGAAUGAAGCUCUGUGGGUGCCUUCAGUGUCCUUUUAAAUAUCAAUUAUUUGCUGUAACCUUAAUGUAUUUUUAUAACGCAAGUAUAGUAUGAUUAGGCAACUUUAAAAAAGAAAACUUCCAUUUAAGCCUCCAGAUCUUUAAUGAAUUAAAUGGAACUUGCUUGCAACAGUUUAAAAGGAACGACAUUAGAAAAAAAAUGGCUGAAAGAAUAACAUUGGAAAUUAUAUUAGUAUAUUGUAUUUGGAUUAUACAGAUUUAACUAUAGGUAUUUUUCCUGGGGAAAAAGGCGAGGCAAAUCACCUUUUAAAAGGGAGGCAAGCUGUAGUGUCAGAAAUACACGUUUGUGUUCCCGACACUAUGGUGUUCCUUUAACCCCUUAAGGACCAAACUUCUUGAAUAAAAGGGAAUCAUGACAUGUCACACAUCCUGUGUCCUUAAGGGGUUAAAGCAUAUUAGGCAACCUACCAUUACCUCUAGGCCAAGCCCUGGACAUAAACCCCGAGACUCUUAUAAUAGCCCAAACUAGCACCCUGAACGGAAAGUGAAAACCAUGAAUAAGUGAUUAAAAUAGACAGCCGGUAGUUGUUACUCACAACACUUAGUUACUCUGUUUCUUUUUGGAUACAUUGUAUACACUCUUACAGUGAUAGUUGUGUAUUCUCUAUCUACUACUAGAAAGGAGAGUUAUUUUUAGGAAUAUUCCCUUCAAGUUUAAUUUUAUCAGUUUCAUCCACGUUUUGAUGUUUUAAUGGCUAACAAAUAGAUGAAAGAUUAACCCCUUAAGGACACAUGACAGUUUGGUCCUUAAGGGGUUAAACGGAUACAAACCUGGCACUAUAGCUCCCUCUGCCUCCUACUUCCUGCGUGCCCCCACCUCCCCCCCAGGUUAAAAAACCUUUUCUUACAUACCUAAUCUCAGCGCCGAUGUAACUCUGGCUCUGUCUAUGGAGGCUUUUGUAGAAUCCUCCAUAGAUCUCAAUGCUGUUCUCUCGCACAUAACACUGACCCCCAGCCGCGAUGUCACAGUUUGGGGGUCUUUGCAAAUUCUGUAAAGUCCCGAGACAAUGGGGAUGAAGCAAUCCGCGAAUGCUCCCCCUGAAUGGCAUUCGCCUAUACGAAAUGGCUGCUACCAAGGGGAGGGCCGAGGUUUCCCUUGCGGUUUGUGGUUUUGACACCUUGUAACGAGGUGCGGACAUUCUAAACCAGCAUUCUAAAUGAGGUAUCGGGGUGGUCCCCGUUUGGGAGGCGAAUGGAUUCCCUUCGUGGAAAACCUCCCGAAGGGGGAGCAGGCACAUUUAUAUGAAGUAGCAGGGAAAUACACACUAACAAGGCAACGCACGAAAAGGCAGCGGUCCUGCCACACUACUUACCCUGGAAAAGUGCGAGGCCUCUCCUAGCACCAUAACCACUUCAGUGGGCUUUAGUGAUUAUGCUGAUUGGUGUGUUCCUUUAUAGACAUACUAAUCUUGUCACUACUAAACUGGCAAAACAGAGGUUAAGACUUAGACAGCAAGGAAUUAAAAAUGGGAAUAACUUGAUAUCUACGGCUAGCACAAAAAAAUAGUUGCAAUUUUUUUUCCCUUCAAGUUUGUCAUGUAAGGUGCACUUUAAAUGGAAUUUGUUGCUGUCAUUUAGUUUGGAGGUUUGCAGUGAAUUUACUUUGAUUUAAGUACUUUUCUUGCAAUCUGUAUUGGCGCCAGUGAAAUAAUGCUGCCUUUAAACAGACCUACAUCUAUGUGAAACAUUAGUAUAAUUGGAUUUUACUAAUGUUGUUCUUGUGCUACUGCUUUUUGCUGUCUGUUGAUUCAUAGUGGUGCAGCAGGAAAUAAUUUAUUAGACAGGGUCAGCGUGUUUUUCUGAUUAGUAGAAAGAGAUGUGAGAUGAUUGGGGAACUUGAUAUUCAGCGUACGCUUAGAAUCCCUCACUGUAUUAAAGUUAGACUCAUACAGCAACACUGAUGGUUUAGUGCAACAAAGCAUGUAUUAAAUCAACUGUGUCCUUUCCAGAAAAUUAUUCCCUUGUUAGUUUCUUUGAGAAGAAUUUGCUAUGGAACUUUAUUAAAGGGACAGGAGGUCCUUGUCCCAGUCUCCUUGCAGAAUGUUGCUUAUAACUGCAAUCAUUUGUAAAAAUAAUUAGAAUAUGCCCGCCCCUUGACCUGCUGACAGCAGAGGGAGAAUCCAUACUUCCUCUUUUUCAUUGUGUGUAUAAACCAUACAAGAAAAUGUACAAUGUAUGGGCACACAGUGCAAAUCUUUUCCUUCUUACUCAAGAUUGCAAUCAGAAGCUCUGAAAUGGCCUCAUUUACAUACCUCCAAAGUGUCAUUUAAAAUGGACAUUCCCUAUUUUGACACAAAUCUAUCGGCCCCUCUUUUUAUCCUAUGCUCCUAAUUUCUAGGAGCUCUAUAUUGUUGGUGCAUCUAAGUGUAUAACAGAGCUCCACAGUAAUAAUACUGUGUCUUUAAACCACAAUAAAUGUGUUUAGAAAUCAGUCUGCGUAAAUUAGAUACAUUGUCCUUGUUCUAAAUUACAUUUUAGUUGCAUAAAUUAGAAAGUUAACUAAAAAUUCUCAGAACAUCCUGCCCCUGGCCACACUCCCACUCAAAUCCUAAAAUGAACUCCCACUCUAACCCUAAAAUGAACGUGUCCUUUCUCCAUUUGAAAUGUUGGGAUAUAUGCUUAAAGUAAUAGUUGUUGCUGCAUAGUUGAGUAGAACCACUGGAUAAGCUGAACGAUGGAGGAUCCUUAAUGUUGGGUCUUUUCCUGUUUUGAGAGAUAAUCUGUACUGCUCUUGCUGUAUGCUUGUGGAUUGGCAGGUGAGGGAAAUUUAAAGGUAUCUUGUUUAUUUUUUUGUGCUUAUUUUUAAUGUGUUGUCAACAUCAUGGAUUAAAAAAAAAAAGGGAAGACCUCUGGCACAGUGUCCCUUUAACUCAUAUACUAGAUAGUAAUCCACCUGCUCAUACCUUUCCCUUGAGUUUUACGGUAUGUAUAGAAAUAAUACAGGGGACGGAUUAUUCUGAAGGACAAUUAGUGGAAUAAAUGUAUACAUUAAAAAAAAGUAAUAUGUCAAGAGGUCACAUUCUAAAAUACGAGGGUAAGAUGCAGAGAAGUACUGUGAGGAAGUAUUUUUUAAUAUCUUAUUCCUCUUUCCCAUAGACUGUCUAACUUCACAGCAAAGGAAGGAACUCAGUACACACAGAUUCUUGAAUUAAUGGCAUAAAUAUAUCAGCAUGCAAUCUACUGUCACUCGCUUACUGGUUAAAGUGUCAUUAGAAACCUCCACAUCUUGCCCAGGUCUCUAUCCUCAUAUCAUACCUCCCAAUUGUCCCUAUUUAGGAGAGACAGUCCCUAUUUUGAGUGUGUAACAGAGCUUCACAGCAAGAAUACCCCCACUAAUGUGUCUUUAAACUACAAUAAAUGUGUUUAGAAAUCAGUUUGUAAGACACAUUACAAAGUAAGACACAUUGCUCUUACUAAUAAUAAACUAAAAUGUAAUUUUUAGCAAGUUACCUAAAAUUUCUCAGACCAGCCCCACCCCUGGCCACACCCUCUGUUACACUCCUAAAAUGAAAGUGUCCCUCUGUCCACUUGGAAUGUUGGAUGGAAUACCAUUCAGAAUCACUAGUUAGAAUGGAGUCACCGUCCUCACAUGUGGUCACGAUUCUUACAAUAAGUGACUGUCCUAUCUUGACAAGCUCGGGUUUCCUGAGGUUUUGGGUUUCCAACGUGUUGGCAGUCGAACAGUUACGCCGGAUAUUGCAGUAGAUUUUUACCUGCGUUCUAGCCGUAAUAUUCAUUUCCCCCCAGUACACUCCAACCUUUAUUCAAUAGAGUCUUCCAAAGGACAUGUCAGCUUCUCCAUUAUCUUUAUUUCAUUAACCUUGGGGUGCAGUAAUGCAGGAGAUAGGGGUAUUGAUCUGGCUCCAGCGUCUGGCAAUAAUACAUUUAGAUUCAGACUUGUGUCGCUGUAGAAAAAAAAACCAAAAAAAAAAAAACACAAUUUCAGAGAGAUGACUCAGUGAUUUUUAAAAAAAAGGCUGCGGCCCAGGAUCAGCGAAUGCUUGUAGGACAUUGAUAACUAGUCUGCGCAUUACAUUUCCCAUAAAGCCGAGCCUGUUUGGUUCUACCAUUACGGCGUCAAGACCUGCGUUUAUAACUGUUUCAACUCUAUUUCUAUAUUCAAUGGGAAUCCCAUGAGGGUGUUUUAACCCCUUUACUGCCAAAGAGUAGCAAAAAGGGUUAAUCUUUUUUAUUUUUUUUAAGUUAGGCAUUUGGAUUAACUCCAACAAUCUGCAGAACUCAAUCCUACCCCCCCCCCCUCCAAUGCCUACAUUGUCAAAGAGCCAGAAAAAAGUAUUACAUAGUUUAGUUUCCUGUUAUUAUCUUCCUUCUUCUCCAGAGAAAGGUGUAUACCCCAAUCGCUUGCCAGGAUAUGUAUUUUUAUGGGUUUAAAUUGGUAAGAAUCCAAACAUGAAGUGAAUGUCGAGCGAUUGAAAUGUUAUAUCGUCCCGACAAACCCCCUCAGAGGUUCUUUGUCUGUCAUAUCUUUCCCAUGCAAAUGUAACCUUUGACGGAUAUUAUUCUUGUCAGAAUUUGAUUUGGAAGCUGAGUGGAUGUGUUUAUUGGCCUAGAUUUCUCGUAGCUCUCUGCCAUGCAAAUGCCGGUGUUUAGAAUUUUGUGUGAUCGUUAUGCUAAGCUUUUGCCUUUUAAGAGACACAGAGAGGGUUUAUUUACCACAUUCUGAAUUGAAUUGGCAAAAUUUAUACUAAAAUAUCCAAGUUGACUGGGAAAGUGUUUCCAGAUCAGCUAUUUUUACCUUAUUUUUGCAGCUAGGAUAUUUAAUUUGCGGGUUAGUAAUUAGGUAAGUAACCUGGCAGGGUUAUUUACUAAAGUAUAAAAACAAGAAAAAAAUAUAAAUAACUUAACUUGAGUAAUCGACAGAUUCCAAAGAUCACCCUGCCAGUGGGUCCCUGACAAAUAGACGUAUAGAAUAUGGAAAAAAUGGGAUACAACUGUAUACCUAAAAGAAUAUUAAAAAACAAAAUAACAUAGUGUAAUAUCCUGGUAAACAGUAUAUGACACGCUUAUGUAACGCACUCACAGAAAAUCAAAAUAAUAGUAGGGUGCCUCCCCCGAUAGCACUAGGGGGCUAAACAGAAUCCUGCUCUCCUUCCCCUUCUGAAUAUUCAGCAGUUUGGAUAAAGCAGGAAUCAGGCAAAUAAUGAUAAAAACUUCAUUUAUUGCCAAAAAAUGUAAAAGUAUAAAACAAAUACUAGUCCUACGCGUUUCGUUCCAAUAUUGGAACUUCCUCAGGGACUUAGUACAAAUAAAAUCAGAAGCUUACAGAAUGCAGUGUAACAAUGUUAACCGUCUGAAAUUCAUCCCCCCAAAAUACAAAUGAUAUAGGCAUACUAUCUCACAGUUCAUUGGUGGUCCGGUGGGUGUUUCUUGAAUCCAGAGCUUGAUUCGCCGCUAUGGGAUCUUUAACAGCUGCUUUCGAUCCGUCAGUUUUCACAUUGCAGUUCUGGGUUCAUGACGUAAUCCCUUACUCACGCACUUGCGUAUGUUCCGUCGACGACAAAAACGUAUGCGUUCCACUUCAAGUUAAACUUGCAUGUCCAUUAUAUUCCACAUAUUCCACCCGUAUCUGUCAUGUGCUCAUAAAUAUUUGCAUUUAAAGAGAAAUAGUGAUUAACAGAAUCAAACAUUUAAUUUUAAAUCUAUCUUGCUGUAAUUAUUGUUAUUUAUUAACAUGUUAUUUACAUAUAAAGUGCUAAUAAGUUAUUUAAAGUGCAUUAAAUAUAAAGUAUCGAUGAUACUACAUAUACACAAAUUUGAAAUAGUAUCAUUUUAACCAAAAAGACCAAGUAUAAAUUCCAUAUAUAUAUAUAAAAAAAGUUUUUUUAACGUCAUGUCUAUCUGUAGACAAUAAUAUGCCCUCUAUCUAAAAAUAUAUAUAUAAAUAAUCCCAAAAAUAAAUCAAAGAAUAAAAAUGGGGGAUGCACCCUACAUUUCGAUAUUUUGUGAGUGCAUUACAUUAGCAUGUCAUAUACCAGUGAUGGCGAACCUAUGGCACGCGUGCCACAGGUGGCACGCCGCGCCCCCUCUGUGGGCACGCGGCCAUAGGUCGCCGUGCGCUCCGCCAGCGCAUCCAUAAGGCGGCACAAGUGGCCGCCUUAGGUCGCACCGGCCCGGCGGGCGCAAAGCCGGAGUGACCGGCAGGAGGUGAGCGCAUAGCGCUCCCUCCUGCCAGGCACUCUGUGUAGCGUGGCCGAGCGCACCGCGGUACAGGAACUUAUGUUUCCUGUACCGGGCGGACGGAAAUGAAGUGCUCACAGAGAGAGCACUUCCUGUCCGCCGGGUACAGGAAACUGAGCUCCGCGGCGCUCGGCCACGCUACAAGGUAGCAGACUGAGGGAGAGAUGGGGGGGAGGGAGAAGGAGACUGAGGGAGAGAUGGGGGGAGGGAGAAGGAGACUGAGGGAGAGAUGGGGGAGGGGAAGGAGACUGAGGGAGAGAUGGGGGAGGGGAGGGAGAAAACUGAGUGUGGGAUGGGAGAAAAAAAUGAGGGAGGGAUGGGGGGAAAGAAAACAGAGGGGGUAGAGGGGGGACGACAUACACACAGCACCCCUGCCCUACACAUAUCACCCCACAAAAAGACACACACACACACACAUCACCUCACACACACACCACCCCCCACACACAAACACACCACCCCACACACAUCCCCCCACACACACAUCACUCCACACACAAACACAUACACUGUACCCCUCAAUGCAGUGUGUGUAUUUAGCAGUCUGUGUGUGUGUACACUCAGCAGUCUGUCUGUGUGUGUGUGUACUCGGCAGUCUGUGUGUGUGUGUGUAUUUAGCAGUCUGUGUGUGUGUGUGUGUGUGUGUGUAUUUAGCAGACUGUGUACUCAGCAGUCUGUGUGUAUUCAGCAGUCUGCUAAAUACACAUACAGACAGACUGCCGAGCACACACACAAACUGCUUAAUACACACACAGAUGUUAAUUAGUUCGGACAACUGUAUGAGUGUUUUUUUCUAAACUUAAACCUCAAUAUUCAGGUUUAAUUGCCGUUUUGGCACUUUGAGGGGAAAAAAAAUUGGCAUGUAUUACGGUUUGGGCACUCGGGCUCAAAAAUGUUCGCCAUCACUGUCAUAUACUGUUUAAUAGGAUACUACACUAUGUUAUUUACUAAUGUCUAUUCAAAGUGAAUUAGAAGGAACGGUCCAAGUCCUGGAGCCACCGCAUUUUCAAGACAUCACAUAUCCAUGACUUUAUAUCACUACACAUCAUUAUUUAAAUACACAAGCACAAUUCACAGCAAUUUGUAAGUUACGGAAUGUAGGAAGGUCAUAGGAAAAACAGAGCUCUAACUUUGAUUAAGGUCUGAUACCUUUCUAUGAUCUUUCUUUGGAAUUAAUUGUAAUUUGUAUUCUAAUUACCAUUAUAUAUUUCUAAUAUAAUAUUCUGUACUUACUCUAUUAACCCUUUUUGCUACUGAUGUUGACUGAUGUUGUCAUCAUCCACUUUGCUUCUGAAAUGUUGUUCUCUGCAUGUCUGUGUACCAGAAAUAUAUUAUAAGGGUGAAUCAAAUGACCCCCAUUAAUUAUCUUAAUGACAUGCUGCCUGGCACCAUGUGAUAUCACCAGGACCACCUAGAGCACUCCAUAUGCUGAGGACUAUAUCUCCCCUGUUUUAAAAUGGGAUAAAAAUAUUUCAAAAUAAUAUAUUAAUAUUAUAUUUGUUCAUUAUUAAUAUAGUAUUGGUCUACCUGUUCAUGUUAUUUUGGGAGGGCACCAGGUUCAAUUCAAGUUGAUUUUGCUCAGUAAUUUAAUUUGUAUACACAGUGGGUGCGGCAUAUUAAUAAACAGAUUGCUUAUAGAAAACUAGGUUGUGGUUUUCAAAGUGUAUUGAUCACCCUGCACACAUCUCCAGAUAGGGUCCAUUGACAGCGGAGUGCAAUGGAGAAGGUAGUCUUACUUACCUGUAGCCGUCCUUUGCAGUCAUUGCCAUCUUCUUCCUGCACUUCAUUAGCCAGGAGCCUUGUCAGUGCUGUACUCUUGGAUCUUAACAUGUAUAGCUUGGAGGAAAGACGAGACAGGGGGGAUAUGAUAGAAACAUUUAAAUUCAUAAAGGGAAUCAACACAGUAAAGGAGGAGACUAUAUUUAAAAGAAGAAAAACUACCACAACAAGAGGACAUAGUCUUAAAUUAGAGGGACAAAGGUUUAAAAAUAAUAUCAGGAAGUAUUACUUUACUGAGAGGGUAGUGGAUGCAUGGAAUAGCCUUCCAGCUGAAGUGGUAGAGGUUAACACAGUGAAGGAGUUUAAGCAUGUGUGGGAUAGGCAUAAGGCUAUCCUAACUAUAAGAUAAGGCCAGGGACUAAUGGAAAUUUAGAAAAUUGGGCAGACUAGAUGGGCCGAAUGGUUCUUAUCUGCCAUCACAUUCUAUGUUUCUAUGUUAGAGUAGGCAGUCGCCCCUCAAAUGCUGCAGCUGCUUGAGUGCUCUAUAGAGAGCCUCAGGCGGCUGCAGCACUGCACGGGCUGGCACGUCCAUGAGAGCGCACAAUAAAAGAGGAGUCGGCAGGAGGGAAGCGCGCAGUGCUCCCUCCUAUCAGUCCCUCAGUGUAGCGUGGCCGAGCUCCAGUGCGAGUUACAGGAGCACUUCCUGUCAGUCCGGCUGGGUACAGGAAACAGAAACUCCUGUACUGCGGACCUGGAGCUCGGCCAUGCUACAACAGAGGUAGGGGAGAAGAGGAGAAGACCACUGAGGGGGGGUUGUAGGAGAGAGACCAUUGAGGGAAGGGGUUGGGGAAGAGACCACCAUGGGAGGGAGACCUGUAUGGGAGGGGUGAGGAGAGACCACUAAGGAUAGGGGUGAGGAGAGACAACUAGGGAAGGGGUGGAGGAAAGACCACUAAGGGUGGGGGUAAAGAGAGAGACCACUAAGGGAUGAAGGGGUGGAGGAGAGACAACUAGGGUAGGGGUAGGGGUGAGGAGAGACCACUAGGGAGGGAGUGGGGUUGAGGAGAGUCCACUAGGGAGGGUGGGGAGAGGAGAGACCACUAGGGGAGGGUGAAGGAGAGACCACUAGGGAAGGGGUGGAGGGAGAGACAAUGAGGGGGAAGGAGAGACCCCUAGGGGUGGAGGAGGGGAGAGACCACUAAUGGAAACUGGGAGGAGGGGAGAGACCACUAAUGGGAAGGGGGGAGAGAAGAGAUGACUUAUGGAAAGGGGGGGACCACUGGGUGCGGGCAGAGGAGAGCAGAGACCACUAAGGAGGAGGGGGGAGAGAUCACUAAUAGAAAGGGAAGGAGAAGAGGAAAAUAUAUUAAAGGAGGCGGGGGAGAAGAGUAGAGACCACUGAGGGGGGUGGAGAGGAGAGAACACUAAUGGGGUGGGGGAGAGGAGCACUAAGGGGCAGAGGAGAGACCAUUAAGGGGCAGGGGAGAGCUCUAUGGGAUGCAAGGGAGAGCUCUAAAGGACAGGGAGGCAGGAGAAAGCUAUAAGGGGGGGUAGGAGAGAGCACUAAGGGAUGGGGGUAGGAGAGAGCACUCGAAGACAGGAGGGGGGAGCUCUAAGGGAUGGGAGGGAAGAGCACUAAGGGACAGGAGGGAAGAGCAUUACGGGAAAGAGGGCGGGGAGAUCACUAAGGGACAGUGGUGCAAGGGAGAGCUCUAAGGGACAAGAGGGAAGAGAGGCUGAGGAAGGGUGGAAAGCCCCUAUCCUACCCCACAAACUCUCUCUUUCACACUACACACACAAUGCUUCCCUAUACAUACACAGAAACGAACCAUGCCUUCCUACACACACAGAAACACACCAUGCCUCCCUUACACAUAGAGAAACAUACAAUGCAUCCAUUACACACACAAUGUAACCCUUACACACAAAGACAAUGCAUCCCUUGCACAGAUACACAUAAACACACAAUGCAUCCCUUACACACACACACACACACACACACACACACACACACACUGCUUCUUUUACACACACACAGAAACACAAUGCAUCUCUUACACACACACUCAAUGCAACCCUUACAGACACAAAUACUGCAUCCCUUACAUACACAGAAACACACCUUGCAUUCCUUACACAUACAAACUCUGAUUCAUACAAUACAUCCCUUAAACACAACCAGAAACACACAAUACAUCCCUUACACACAAACACACACUGUUUUCUAUCCCUUACACAAAAACACACUGCAUCACCUACACAAACUGGUAUCCCUAUACACUACAUUCCAUAAGCACACACUUUAGAUCCUCUACACUAACACGUAACACAUCCCCUACACACUCCACUUCCUGUGAGCGAACUCAUGGGUGGAACAUGUAGGUGGACUUAUGGGUGGGCCUUAUGGGCAUACUCAUUGUCAGGCCCUGGGGGCCCAGACCUUGAGCUGUGCAACGGGCCCCCCAAAAAUUGAGCUGUUUCCCGUUCUCCCAGAACAUUGACUUUUGUGACCACAGUUACAAACAGCCGCCAAACAGCCUGUUCUACACCAGACCAGUGGAGCCAGACUGCAGCCAGAGCCCAUCAUCAUCCUCAUCUGGUUGUAAGUAGGCAAUCUAGUAUAUUAUUCGUGGCACUAAUCUCACAUUAAAGGGACACUAUAGUCCCCAGAACCACUGCAGCUUAAUGUAGUGGUUCUGGUGUCUACAGCCUGUCUCUGCAGGCUUUUUAAUGUAAAUGUAAAUGUGCAGCACUGGCAUUAGUUCAUAUGGCAGAUCAUAUGGGUGGGGCGUUUUGAUGUUACAUGGGGGGUGGGAGGGCGGCACAUUUUUCCUUGCACUGGCCCUGGAUGUGUGUGAUCUAUGAAGGAUCCUGUAAGACUCUGGCAGCCUCCAUAUAUGACAUCUCGCAAUGAAUAUAACCUUGAUUGAAUCUCACAGCUGUUGAAAUUGGACAAAAGUUGACGGUAGAGCUCUGUUUUGUUUUUUAUCAACUUUUGUCAACCUCAGACUUGUCCAUAGGACAAUGUAGGAAUACUUUGUCUUAUGGUAUCCUUGCAGUCUGCAUCAGAAUUCUAUAAAAGGUAUAUCUUUAUGAAAUACUGAGAAGUGAAGGAGACACUUUAAUUGCUUAGAUAGAAUAGUAAUUUUGGAGCGCUCUUUGGAAAUGAACAAAUUGAUUAAAUUACUACUAAGAGUUGGUAUAAUUAUAUCUCACUGCUAUCAAUACUCUAAAUGCGAUACCCGUAAACACACAAUUAUAUAUACAAGAGAAAAUGGUAAGUAAGAGUGGAGCAGUAUAUCAAAAGAAGUGAUUAUUUAGGUGAUAAAAUAUGUCAUUUUUAUAUAUCUUUUUCUAUAUGUGCUGAAGACAACAUCUGGAAGUCAUCUACUCAAUACUAAGUAUUACCUUUGACUUUAUAUUUAGGGUUUAUCACCUAAAUAAUCACUUCUUUUGAUAUACUACCAUUUUCACUUUAAUUGCUUAGCUGAGCCAGACAUAAUGUCACACAAUGUAUCAAUAUGACUAACUUGUCUUUAGAAACUCUAAUUCUUGGUGAGAUAUUUUAUAACAGAACCGCAUACCACACCAGUUUUUUUUUCAUUUUUAAAUAUUUAUCUAUUAGCAUAAACGGCCAUCGCUUUAAAUAAUCAUAAGAACAUUUCCCUACACAAUCACACAUACACAAUUAUUUAAAAAGGGGAGGGCCCCCUCUAUACAUAGUUAAACCACAUUGUUAUAGGACACACACUUUUCCAAGUAAUGUCUAAAUGUAGCUGAUGACUUCACCUCUGCAUUUCCUUAAGAUACAUUGAGUAACCACCUCUUUCACCACGAAAAAAUGUCAUGUCCAUGUAGCAUAAACUGUGCAUCUAACAUGUGUGACUUGUUUAGUACAGUGUAUCUUUAAUUUGAAAGCUGAAAAAAGCCAUGUUUUUCAUGCAUUUAAAAAAAAAAAUGCACCAAAUAUAUGUGAAGAAAUUAAUAUCAAAAGAAAGAAAGAUUAUCACUUUUCGAUUUCUUGUUUUUGCUGGAAGUCACCAGGUUUCACAGAAUAUACAAAGAUCUCAACCCAGACCGGGAACUGGCAAAGCCAAUCAGCAUUCUCAAGUUAUUUUCAAUGAAGCUGAAUAUUUUCCAUAAAUACACAUAGUUAAACACGUGCUUUUCAUGUGCUGGUGUAUGGGUUGAAAUGCUCAGUAAUUCCUGCUACGUUCAAUGAGAACACGAUUAAACAUAUGCUUAUGCUGCAUUUUGUUACGUAAGACGUAAGCUCUCCAUGUAAUUUUUAACACUAUAAAAUUGGGUGACUUCUCCCGACUACCUCUGCUAGACUAUCGUUAUGUAAACUUAAUUAAGAUAAAAGUGCAUGUUGCCAUUGAUGGUUCCUAGUGGUGCAAAGAGAAAUGAAGAGAUAUCUCUCUUUAUUCCAUACAUGAGAACAUCUCAAAAAAGUGUACUGCCGCUAAGUGGAGCUGAUUGGAAUGGAAAGUAACAUGUCUUGUUUACAGCACCUUGGGUUUGUUUUAUUUUUGUAAGUCUAAUCAAAAAAUAGAUCAACUGCUUAUGCAAGUAAAUAAAGGAGUCGCGGUGUCUGAUACCUUGAAAGUGCAAAGUGUCAUUAGAGACAAGCUUGGCAGUCCUUUCAUAGAACACGCAGGUCAGCAUUCUAACAACUGAUACCAGUGAAUGUUCUAUGGAAAGCCAACGGGCCAAUGACUCUGAAAAUACACUAUGACCCGGCUUUAGUUAGGUCAUAUCUGAUCAGCUAAAGAGAUAGUGUAGAAAGUAUUACACACCUUUCUGGGGGGAAUAGUGUCAUAGUACAGGUCAUUGUUAAACAUUAGAAAUGUUCUAUUAAUUCCCUUUUCUUCUUUGAACUGUUUGUGUUUGCCACAUCACUUGACCCCGGUUGUACCAGAGUAGGGAUUUUGCAUUUUUUGUCCCUGUUGCGUGGGCAGUGAGGCCUUAGUUCACCUCUGCAGUUAAGGAGGAACAGUCACUUUCUGAUUGGUGACCAUUGCUUUUUGAAAUUGCGAAGUUCUACUCUUGUAGUUGAGUUUUGGUAUCUCCAUGUGCAUGCUAUAUACCCCCCGUGCAGAGAAUUAAAGAAUAAGAGAUCAUGCCAGAACAGCCUUGUAUUCAAUACAAAUAUUCAUUUCAUUGACAUGUAAUUAUAACUAAAAGCUCGCACAAAACUAACCGCUAGCUUAUUCUAUUGGAAUUUGCUAUUUAAAGCUGUCAGUUCCUCUUUCUGUUAAGAGAUUAGAAGAUUGUGAUGUUGAUUAUUAAUCUUGCAAUUAAGUAGAAUAUAAUCAGUAAUCUUGAAAGUGUUUUCUUAUCUCCCUUUCCUGGUCCAAUGUAUUAAAGGUAAAUACAGGUAAUGUUCCAUAAAUUGGUAGUAAAUAUUUAAUUGUACAAACUAUUGAGAACAUUCACAGUGUCCUGUGGUAGUCUGUUCUAUUUUCCUGCCUCAUGUUUUUAAUCAGUCUGAGUGCGUAUACUAACUGCUUUAGCUGGUCUAUAAUAAAUAUUCCCAUCUAUCUCAAGAUUCAAAGCCUUACUUGACAUGCGUCUUAUUUGGGGACUUAUUGAAAAAGGGUUCUGAUGCAGAAUUCUAAAAUUGAAACAGUCAGCAUCAGCAUUCUAUUGCUUUCCAUGGUAAUUGCUCUAUUGUUAGCACCUUAAACCCAGAAAAAAAGGCUUUAAAUAACCCCUAUAUUACAUUGGUCCAUUCAGUUUAUUUAUUUAUUUAUUUAUUUGACAAGAAAUUGCACUUUUUGGGCAAAAAUGAUCUGGAAGAUAUGUAUAACUCGGCUAUUUUAACAACUCGGCUGUCCUGACGUAAAAGUAUCAUUUUCUGGUUUUGUUAAGGUCAUUCAUUAAACUGGGAAUUGUUUUGAGUUCACCAAAUAUUGAACCAAAAUAUUCCAAUUUGUAAUAUUUUCAAACUCCGUUGUUUUUCCAGCGCAGUUAUUAAGGCCUUAAAAUUGAAAUUUGCUGGUCAAUUAGUGAUACUUCCUGAAGUCACUAUUUAACAAUAAUAAUAAAAACCCAACUUCUUUUUUUUUUCUUCUGGAGACAAAAUAUAGAAUAUCUGAUCCUUCCGUUGGUAGAAGCAAACCUACAUCUCAUUGGGAUACAAUUGUAUUCUCUUCUAAGCUUUCCUUCCAAGAUUUAUUUAAAAUACAAAGUCUUGAUAGCUCAAUUAAAUGCUCGGAUUUGUUACUAUAGGAGAUCUGUCAGGUAGGCAGGUUCUGAGUAGGGAAUAAAAUGUGUUUUAAUGUUUCAGAUUCUGAAACAGACACAGUGUGUUAUUCUCGUGAUCACUGGCACUAAAAAUUAGACAUGAUGCACUGUGCUUAUUCCUGCGAGCCAGCCUGUUAGUGAUGAAAUGGCCACCCGACUAAUCACACGCUGAGAGAGGGCAAAGCGAGAAAUAGCUCGUUAUAUCAGUUACUGAGUCAUUGGAAACCGCUGUGUGUUAGAACGUAGAAAGUCAGCAUGUAUCCAUAAAGAAUUCUCUCCAUUUCAGAAAGGGCAUUUUAGGACAUAAACCGUGGCUCUCCAUAUUUAAAGGUUAAUCAAAAUCGGUCCUUUUAGCAUCUUAGCACAAUAACCCGUUAUGGACCAGUGACGUGCCAGACAUGCUAUUGAUCUAACAACAGUCACUCACUAAGCAGAGAACUGUAGAUGAAUGGCAAUGGAAUUACAAGUAUUAAACCAAAAUGCUGAACUGAAAAUAAUGUAACUAUUUUGGUGUAAAAUUUGCAAUUGUCAUGUCCUUAUUCCACAGUACAGUGUUGAGUAAAUAGCUUCACUUGGUCCUUAAAUUCUUUGUCAUCAGUUGCUACUGUUGGUUACCCAUGGUCUGUUCCUCAUUAGAUUGCUAUCUAUUAAAUCAUCAUCGUGUUAAUGGUUUAAUCUGUUAAUAGCCGAAGAUUUGUAUUUUCUCCACGCAAGAGAGAUAACGAGGUAUGAGUCGUCGAAUUGGAAGAGGCUAUUUCCUAAACCUGGCAUGCAAUUAUAGUUAGCCGAGUGGCAAAUCCAUUCAUUUCCUUUUUAAAAAUCUCUGUAUUGGUUUACAUUAACUCACGCAAACCGUUGAUGAGGUACGUUCCAGUCCAGUUAGAGUGACUUAUAAAAUUGGGUUAAUGGGGUGAUCAUUGGCCCAUUAUGAGUGCCUAGUGGAAGUCACAUACUCCCGUCUUGUAACUAGCGUGACCGUAUAUUUUGGCAGGUGAGUAACAUAGGAAAAUACUGUAACACUGGGGUUGUUUGUCAAUGUCUCCUGACAAAGUUACAAAUACACUAGUACACAACAGAUGGCUAAUUAUGCCCCUUUUCUUUUAUUUGCUAUUUUUCAGUUGCAGAAACCUAUUUGAGAUGUGCAAAUACCAGACAAAUAAUGUAGGGUGACCAGAUUGGCGUAGUACCCCCAAACUAUAUAGUACCCCUUAAACUAACCCAAAUCAAACCUUAGCCUAACUUCUCUCUAACUCUUAACAUUCCCGCCCCUCCGUCCUAACGAUGUUAGUUUAAAUUGUCGAUAUUGUCAGCUGUAGUGCAAUGCCGCCGCUUGUUAUGAAGGCAGUAACAAUAUUAUGUUACUAUAAGCAACAUUUUAAAUGUGUAAGGAAAUAUAUUUAUUGAACAAAGUAAAACAAACACUUAAAUCAGAGAAUCUCCUGUUUAAACGUUAAAGAUAAAGAUGUUGUUAGAUCCUGACUGCCCAUGUAGACUUCAUACUUAUAAACUGUCAUUUAGUUGAAUAUUGUUGCUCUUUCACAAAAUAACUCCGUCAAGAUCCACUGGUAAAGGAGAUAGAUUGUGCAAUAAAUGCUAAUGACAGUUACUGGAUGGGGAUGUAUUUGCAUCCCAGCUCCCCGUUCCUCCUAUGUUAGCCCUUAAUUCACUACUUUAAUUACAAGGAAGUGAGUUGAGCAGCACUCUCGUACAAAUCUCAGUGAUGUGGAAUAAUCAAAUUUAUACUUAAAUAUCUUCAAGAUAUGAUUUUUUAAAUCAUUUUUGUAUAUCAAGUUGGAUCCAUAUUUAUUCCAUAAUAGUUAUACAGGCUAGACACUUCCUCUCAGAUUAGGUUAAUGUUUUAUGUUAAUUAGUCCUAUCCCUUCCUCUAUGACAAGCAUUACUCCCAGCAUGCAGCUCUCCUUCCUCGCCAUAGAGGCUGCCCAUUUUUUCUGUUUUAAUCCAUGUAAGCUAGCUGUACUGCAACUGUUGCAAAAGACUUUUACACUUGCCAUCAUCAGAGAUUUUCUAUGCACAAUCAGAUCAUUUCUUAGAAACUACCUGUUUGUAAGCAUUUUUAAUUUUACUUACUUUUCUUUUUCCAUUAAACAAAAAUUAGAAGAUUUUGAUCUGACAUUUGCUUUCUUGGGUUUAGCGGACUCGCAGUGAAUCAUCAUCAAGAUCAGAGAACUUUUAUCUCUUUCUUAUUGGGUGCUGGGCCGCAAUUCACAGAUUCUAAUGGAAUGUUGACAUCAUAUUCUGACGUAGCUGUUAAACUGUGGAUUUUUGUAGAUUAAAUCAAAUAGAGAAACGUAGGUAAAAGUAGCUGAUCUGGAAAAAUCUCCCAACCCUGCCAUAGUUACAACGUGGCUAUGUUUGCCUCAUUCUUGCCAUUCGGAUUAAAUCCUCGAAAAAUUCAGUAAUUUAACACAGUAAAUAAUGCGAAAAUUGUAAUGCACUUCCACUAUGGCAGCGUCCACACUAAAAGAGUGGUGGAUAGCCAAAUACUAAAUGUCAGUUAAAUUAAUAAUACAAUAAAAACAUUCCGUUGGGACUAUUGCUUUGAACUAUAGAAAAAAAGAUAAUUUUAGUGACAGUGUCAACCUAAUUGGAAGUGCUAUAAUUGAGUGCUUAAAAUGUUGCUAGCAUAAUGAUUUCAUAGCAGGUAGGCUGAAAAUCUUUUAAUAAAUAUAUUUUGAAAACUACUGAACCGUUUGAAAAAACUGUAAAAGUAACAUUUUAUGCUUUAUUGAUUAAUAGUAAGUGAAAUUUAUUUAGAGCUUGGCUGUUUACCGCAGAGGGAACAUUGGUCCCCCAAGGAUGUAAACAGUACAGCUAUGCUUCCAUUUGCAGUGCAUGUGAGGUGAGAAAUAUAGUUUUAUAUACAUUUUAAUAUAGAUUUUAUAUUUUUGCAGGCUUUAUAGUAACAGAUGCUGCAGGUUGGUACAAAUAUGGAUUUUCUUUCCAUAUCUGUGGCGCUGAUAAAAGAAACCACAUGCAGACAUACUUAGGAUACCUGCGGAUAUAUCCUACCCAUAAUCACAAACAUCUGUUAAAUAGUCUGUGUACUUGGAGAUGGAGAUAGAAGAAUGUGUAAAUAAUAGUCAGAUUUUCAGUUCUUGUGACUGGUCAGUGAAGCCAGCACCGAUUCCCUAGAACAGGGUUGUCAAACAUGCGGCCCCCCAGAUGUUGCUGAACUACAACUCCCAUGAUUCUUUCAAUGAAACAGAUAGCCAGGGAAUCAUGGGAGUUGUAGUUCAGCAACAUCUGGGGGGCCGCAUGUUUGACAACCCUGCCCUAGAACAAAUGUGCAUUCUUGAACUAGCUGAGUACAUUUUGGGACUAUUUUACAAACUGGUGUUGAAACUGGUGGAUCUCAUAAAAUAUGAAAACUUGUGCUCAUAUGUCAUAAAAAUAAAAUCAGUAGGGUUUACAGUUAAUUUAGAACUGUUUAUUAGCACGGCUUGUGAAAUUCGUAGCGUAAAUGGUAACACUGUAACCGUAACACUGACAUUUCAAUAAAAAAACAUAUAUAUACUUGUGAGGUUUGGGACAUGCCUGCAUAUAACCUGAGCUCUCAAACUGCAGGCUGCUGUAUGCCAUGGAGGGGAUUUAAAACAGUGGUGAAUUGUGCCACCCUUUCCUCCAUCUUGUGUUUUAAUGUGUGGAAUGAAUUAUGUACCAAAUAGCAGGAUAGCCAUUACCCCUCCAUUCACGCUAUGUGCUUUGGAGUGAAGGCUACUAUCUCUUCCUCCACCCUAUAUGUGUUUGUGUUAAUAAUAAUAAUAAUAAUAAUAAUAAUAAUAAUUAUAAUUAUGCUGGUAUAGGGUUCUACAAGGACUCUUGUUCAAUGAUAUGUUAUCAUCUCAGUACCAAUGGGGCCAAGGAAACCACAAAAAUUUGCACCCAGCCCCUUGUCCUGUGUUCGACUAGAUGAACCCCUGGUACACUGAACCCAUGUCUCUGAUCCAAAGUAGGUAACCCUUCAGUAAGUUGAAGUCCUUAAAGGGUCACUAAUGUAGUGGUUAUGUUGCCUAUAGGCUGUUCCUACAGGCUUUUUAAUGUAAACACUGUCUUUUCAGAGAAAAUAAAUUUACUUUGUUGCCUAGUGACACCUCUACGUUCAGUCACUCAGAUGGCCACUAGAGGUGUUUCCUAGUCCAAUGCUUCACUUUGUUCAGCACCUACAUCCAGCGUCUCUACGUUGAACGCUCCCCAUAGAGAUGCAUUGAUCCAGUGCAUCUCUAUGAAGAGAUGCUGAUUGGCACAAUACAGCGUUUUGCCAUGCAAUAGCCUCCCAAUGCUUUCCUGAUUGAUGAUCUCAGCCAUGGAGGCAGGGCCAGUUGUGGUGAGACCAGCGCUGUAAUGGAGACAAGGUGACGGAAAUGUAGGUGCUGCACAAUGUGAAACAUUUGACUAGGAAGCACCUCUAGUGGCCAUUUGAGUGACUACACCUAGAGGUAUUACUAGGCAGCAAUGUAAAUGUAUUUUUGUAAGGAAAGGCAGUGUUUACAUUAAAAGGCCUGCAGGAGCAGGCUAUAGACAACACAUUCUGGUGACUAUAGUGUCCCAUUAAGGACUUCUAGUUACUGGGAGGUUAACUACUUGGACCAGAGAUAUGGGAACAUGUUACCAGGGGCUCCUCUAGUCCAAAACCGGAUAAGGGCUGGGUGCUAAUUUUUUGGGGUACCCUAUGUUUAAAGACAACACCUGCUCCACUUAUCAUUGAACAAGAGUGCUUGUAGAACCCUAAAUUUACCUACUUAUUAUUAUUAAUUGCCUUGACGUGGCAGGUGAGCUUACACUUUAGUGUAGUGAAACUAAAAACCUUCUAAGUGCAUAGUGAUUUGGGAUAGUGCGCAAGUAACUUUUUCCUUUGGUUUAUAUUGUAUAUACUGGGACUGAUGUGUACGAUAGUCUUUGCUGCUGCCUAUGAGUAGUGGGAGUUUGAGCAUGGGGCUUAAUUUUGUAUGUAUGUAAUAAACAGUGUUUCCAUAUACGAGCACUCUCAUUGAGAUGGGGUAUCUACGUUAUCUGCGUAUGAAGCUGGGAUAGGCUGACAUGCACAGUAACACCUUACAAUGAAUACGCUGUUUGAGCGCUUGUCUGUCAGUGUUCUCAUAUUGUUUUUACUUAUUUCCUUGUUUUCUAACUGGAAGAGGAUGCUGGUAAUUAUCACAUUCUAAGCAUAAAACAUCAUUUGCGUGCACUGUGCCAGUAAUUAUCUUGCUCUCAUGGUGUCCCUUCGGCUCUGCUCGUCUUUAUCACUUUAACCAACUUUCACUUCUGCUGUCCAUCUUCUAAGUUUGUGCGUGGUUCCUCUUUUCUCUCGUCGGAUUGCCUGAAUGUCUCCGCGACCUGCCGUUAUGUUUCCUCUGCUUUUAACUUCAUGCUAAACCCAUGCUGAGCAUCCUUCCCUAUUCUCUGUAAUCCUAACUUCCUUUCAUCAGUAAGCUAUGUAGUUAAUGUAUGUUUAGGUAUAAAAUAAACUGCCAACGAUCACUUAAGCUUUAAAUGUUGGUACUGCUUUGUAAUCAGGUCCCAACCACAGCAAAGGCCUGUAUCUCUAUUAUAAGGUGGGUGGAGCUAAUGAAACCAUUCUUUAAAUAAAAGGCAUGCACAGUGAUACAAUUAUUUACUUAGAAUAAUGAAAUAUAUUUAUAGCUUACUAUAAUGAAAGCAAAAUUGCUUAUAGAGGAUGCUCUGUAUUUAUUGAAUGGUUCAUUCACUAACCUUAAUUGUGUAUUUAAAAAACCCAUUAAGGGUUAAAAUAGCUGUGGUUAUAAUAUGUUGAUGAAUUUGGGAACUGAGCUGUUUUUACCCAGACUUUGCAGUUUAGUUUACUGUUCAUUACAAUUUGGGGAUUAGUGAAUAAACCCCUAAACAAACUCACGUAUAAUUGCCCCUUGGGUUAACGUAUAAUUGCCCCUUGGGUUAUUUCAUUAGCUUUUUUUUUUUCUUUUUUUUUUUUUUUAAUUUGAACUUCAGAAAUAAUAUCAAAAGUUUGGAUACAUUUGGUGCAACAUUUACCAAGCACAUGAUUGCAGCAAGAUUUGUCUUUUCUGUAUCUGAUUUGGAGAUUUUAGUGUUCUUUUUUUUUUUACCUACGCAUGCCAGGGAAAAUGCCUGACAUAAUAGAAAAUAUAAAACUGCAAAAUGAACAAAACUAUGCGAGGAUCCCCAGGACAACUUUAAAACCAAUGGAGACAUGCACAGUAGUCUCCCGUAUUGCCUGAACCCUUAUGUUGCAUGGUGUGGAAUAGAUAAAUUGAUAGCUAAGCUCCCAGACUCUACAUGUAAGGUGUGGUAUACUUUUUAUUCCCCAUACUAUGUAACAAGGUGUAGGUUAAUUUAAUGAGGCAGGUAAGCCUAUAAUUUGCCCACCCUAAACUGUUCUAAGAUAUGUUACCCAAUGGCGUAGCGUGGGUUGCCACCACCCAGGGCAAGGCAAGUAUUGCACCUCCUAACCCGCCUAACCUAGUAGAUGUUCAAACAGCUACUAGAUGCAUACUUGCAAAAACAGAAUAUUCAAGGAUAUAAUCUUUCAAUGUAGGGUAAUAACUGCUUAAUCCAAGGAUAAAUCUGACUGCCAUUCUGGGGUCAAGAAGGAAUUUUUUCCUAGCUUGUUGCAAAAUUGGAAGUGCUUCAAACUGGUUUUUUUUUGCCUUCUUUUGGAUCAACAGCAAAAACAAAUGUGAGGAAGGCUGAACUUUAUGGACACAAGUGUCUUUUCAGCUAUGUAACUAUGUAACUCCCAAAGUCCCUUAAUGGGUGCUGAGUUAACCACGCUCCUCCUUCCCUAUUCACCUCGUCUCCAUGAUAUUGUGUUGCGUAGUUUUUAAAAUCCAACUCACACCUAAAAUAAUGUGUGUAGUCUAUAUUGUAACGCGUAUAGUCUAUGCACAUUACUUUAGGUGUGAGGUGGAUUUGACACAAUAUCAUGGAGACGAGGCGUAUAAUUAAAAAGGAGCGAUACCAGUGGUAUCUUUAAACUGGAAUUCAUGCUAUUAAUAGGCAUUAUGUAAUUCACAGAUAAGGAUUACAUGAGAACAGUAUGCCUGUAAUUAGGAAGAAAAAUACUGUAAAUUGUUACAUGUUGAUAAAAUGUGUAGAAUGUUCGAACACUGGAAUAUUUUCUGUGCGAGGACACACUACUUUUUAUUUAUUAUUACUACUAUCUAAUUUUGUUUUGAAAUUUUGCACCCCAAAGAAUUUUGUGCCUUGGGCAACCGCCCCUGUAGCCCUGCCCACGCUACACCACUGAUGCCACCACCCCUGGCUAAUGAGAUUUCUAAUUUCAAUAGUUACAUGUCAAUAUAUGUGGGUGUUAUAGGUGUCUUCCAUAUACCUGCUUUGUGACAUAAAAUAGUUUUUAUUUAAUCUAUCAAGACCAACUAAUGUCCUCCUUAACUGCUUCCAAUGUAAAUACUCAUCCUUCAAAAUUAUCAAAGAAGAAAUAAAUAAAAACUGGCCCUUGACGGGCUACUUAAUGUGAGGGAGAAGGGGGAUUUUUGGGGCUUAGUUAAAUAAAGCCCUCCUGUGGUGUGAGAUUUUUAAUGAGCCCUGGGUCCCUCCUAAUAAUAGAUUAUUUGUUGAACUGGGUUCUUGGGGUUUCCUGCUGUUUCGGAAGAAGACCAACAACAACACAUUGUUUAUUGUGUGUUUAAAUACGAAGAUUACCCCCUUCCCGUCGCACCAAUAUUUCAGGUAUGAGAAUUUGAGUUGCGUUGUAGCGUCUUCUGGUUAAUAUAGAGUUGUUGCUUAAAAUAAAUGUACUCCGAUAAGUGUUAAGACGGCAUGCUCAACUAUUCGAAUUUAUUCCUAUUUUUCUCACAACGUAAGGGAAGAAGGAACAAGAGGAUAGUUCUGACCAUAUUGAUUUUUUGUCUGUCCGCUUUCACACAUUUAGUGGGGUAAAUGCAAUUUAAAAAUAAAUUAUAAUUUUUUGCCAGGAAACGAAAGUGUUAUAGCCAACAUUUAGUGCGCUAUUGGAAUUUGUCAUCACUUCUAAAGUGUCGGUAUCUCUUUAAGAUUUAUUGUGUAAGGAAUCUAACCUUUAUUUCCACACCUCCACUAAAAAAUGUAACCAGAUUUAAUUCCAUAAAAGUGGUCUAUUCCACCAGCCCUUCCUUGUUAUCUAGCAUCUUGAUUCUAGGAUUCCAGUUCACUUCUGAGAGUGCUUCAAGUUUUACCCAGCAAUAACAAAUGUGAUAAUUGAUUGAGCACUUCAAGGUUUAGAUAGGGAAGGGUUUGGAGCCCACUCAUGCCUAGAGGGUAAUCCUGCAGCUGAAUGGGGAGGAGGGAGAUUGAGGUGUGGAUCAUAAUGGCAAAGUUAAAAAAUUAGUUUCUGUGAAGAUUUUGAAAAACUUUUUAUUUCCAUAUAAACAAAUAUCAAAUAGAACAAUUCAAUGAAAAUGUACAAAAUAUCUGGAAAACUUUCAGGAAUGUGGGUAAAAAUAAAAUGCAAUUGCCAAUUAAGAGAUUAACUAUUUAUCUAUGUGUUGUUACAAUGCCCCUUGGUGUCUUCAAUUGUAGCAUUUUUUUUCUAUGUUAAUGGAUUGCAUUUUGGUGGACUUUAAAUGGAAAACAAAAUCUCCUUGGUGUGAAUACUACAGAUAAUUUCUCCAAAAGUACUGUUCAAAUCAGGAAGAUCUAAUCUCCUCCUUUUCACAAAGCAGUUACAUAAGUCAUUUGGAAGAGCACAGAGGCUCAAUCUCUCCUUUAUUAAAACCAGCCUGCUAUUGCAUGCUUGUACAAACACUUUUAUAUGCAAUGAGUCUGGGGAUUAGACGCCUUCUCUCCACUUGCUUGGGUUUCCUUUUUUUUCUUGAAGGUCACAAAGGGGGGAGAUAUUCGGGGGAUAAAGCUUCUAAAGUCUAAUUUGCAGUUAAAUGCCCAUUACCCAUUGAGUUAGAGUGCGUGAAAAACAAAACACCAUCCCUCUGCCUCGUUCUCCAAGACAACUGCUAAGACAGGUUUAUACUUUGACCAAGAUUUGAAGUAAAUCCCCUUUGACGCCUGUGUCAACAAGACAAAACCCAGAAAACAAGAACAGACAAACAGAAAACUCUUAAAAUAUCACACAGCUGUCUGGAAAACAAUAUUGUGUGUGUUAUAUGUUCUCCUUCCACAAGUGGUACCCGCCUAGAACAACACAGUGUAUGGGCGGGUAUUUUUAACUCUGGUAUGAUAGAUAUUGGUGGUGAGAAUGGAAAUCUGAAAGGUUAUCUAAACAUUUAAAAAUAGUAUGAUAAGGCUGGGAGGCACAAUGGAUUUGACUUAUAUGGUGCUUUUUUUAACUUAUUUUUUUUUUUUUUACAAGUUUAUUUUACUUUCACACAACUAGUAUAUAUUAAGGUGGAACUUAUACUUCUUGUACUUCAUUGCCUGUAGGUAGAGUGGUAAGUAAAUUUUUUUAUCUCCAUUGGAUAUCUCCAUUUGAUAGCAGUUAAACCCACCACUGCAAAAUGUAGGUUACUCCUGUUAUGUUUUGUUUUUUAUUUUGCAAUCUCUAACCAGACUCUGUCUGUCUACAUUAAAUUUUAUAAGUAUUGCUUUAUAAAACGUCACAGACGUAUUCGUGCUUGGACGAGAGAUACUGAACAGCUUGUGACAGGUAAAUAGUUUGCAAAAUGAAAGCGUACCAAAGUCAAAUUGAGGUGGCCACCAAAAAUUGUAAAUCCCAGCAAUCUAGUGAAAUAGAGACACACAUACUACAGUUACACAGACACACCGCAUACAAACAAAACAAUCAUUGCGUUGGAAUUUCAUGAUACUAAUGCAUGCCAUAGAAUACUGUGGGGCCUGUUUACCAUUAUUGAAUAAAUCCAUUUGAUGCAGUGCGGGGCUUUCCAGACUGCAAUAUCUUGACAUUGUUCACAGUUUUUAACAAUGUCUGAAUCUUGCAGAGCAUGCUCUGAAUUUCACCCUGGCGGAAGCUGCUGGAUGGCACUAAUCUGGACCUAGAUGGUUAAAAUUCUAAAAAGUGCUAGCAGCCAACAGGCAAAUAGUUAAAAAAACGCUCUCUUUGGUGCAAGGGCUACACUAAAAUAUAGACAACAAAAACCAUGGGGGUCAGUGUGACCCCCCAUAUUGUUAUAAGGGUGGUUCAAUAUCUACUGAGCAAUGAGCAACCAGGAACUUAUCACUAUUAUUAAAUCUAGCGAUACAUGUCACUGGCGUCUUUAUUAUCCCAUUCACUGCAUCCCACAUCACAGGACGCCAAUGUUCACAGAGUCUAUCACAGAGCUCCUAGCCACAGAACUCAGUGAUGUGCUAUUUACAUAUGAGUGGAUCACAGAGCUCCCAGCAAUAAAACUCAGUGAUGUGCUCUGUACUUGAGUUGAGUGAUGUGCUCUGUAUUUGAGUUAAUCACAGAGCUCCCAGCCAUAAAACUCAGUGAUGUGCUCUGUAUUUGAGUUUAUCACAGAGCUCCCAGCCAUAAAACUCAGUGAUGUGCUCUGUAUUUGAGUUUAUCACAGAGCUCCCAGCCAUACAACUCAGUGAUGUGCUCUGUAUUUCAGUUGAUCACAGAGCUCCUAGCCAUAUAACUGAUUUGAUGUGUAUAUGAGUUUGAGAGCUCCAAACUUUGACUCACAAUGAUGCGCUAUUUACAUCACAGAGCUUUCAGCAAUAAAACUCAGAAAUGUGCAGAGUGAACGAAUGUAUGACAGAGCUCUACAUUAGUAAAAUCACAGUAAUGUGCAGUUAUUAUUAUUGGCAUCUAUAUAGGCCAACUUACUCCACAGCAUUUUGUUGAAGUCUAUCACAACGUUCCAUGAUGGUUAAACUCACAGUAACGUGUAUGAGUGUAAUACAGAGCUCCACAGUAAUAAAACCCACAAUAAUGGUGAUUGUGAAUAAUAUGUGAGGAAGGCGGCUGUGAGUAAUGUGGUUGUUCUCUGGUGGUCCAGCAGAAGUUACUGAUCUAAAUUAGGGGGGAUUAUUGAUCCCUGGCGGUCUGAUAGCAAAAUCUAUGAUCUGCACUUCCAGUAAUAUUGUAAUAAUUUAAAUAAAAAUAUAUUUUAAAUGACAAAUUAUGGUUUUACAAGUGUGGUACAUGAGUGGACCAGGCGGCAUGCGGGGAGGAGGAGGGGGGGGAGUCACCCCUUCAGUUACGCAACUACUGUAGAUGAUGGUGUAAGGAGCUGUAAUUUGCAAAUUCUCUGCUUCUGUCAUCUCGAGAGUCCUUGUAAUGAAGCACUUACUUAUAAUAAGCAUGAAAGAGAAUCUUUCUAGGUGAAUUGUAGCUGUCCGUGUGACUUCCUUGUUCAUGCAUAACAUCCAGCAUGCUACAUUGUAAUUGACUGAGCAAUCAGCGAUGAUACUUUGUAAUGUCACACAGGGAGAAAGGAUUGUUUUAUUGUCUGUCUGGUAUAUUUGGAUUUUUCUGAUACAGCAGUAAGGGACACUACAGAAAAGGUUUAUUUAAUGGCCCUUUAAUACAUUAUAGACCAAGUGCAUUAAAGAAAUACACACCGAAAACGUAUUCUUACCUUCACUUCCCAAUCCAUCCAGACCACUUCCAGUACUCCAUUUCUUUUUUUAAACGAGGUGCUCUCUUUUGUUGAUCAGCUAUUUUCACAUUUAUCAAGGUUAUCUACCAGUGCCAUCUUAACAGCGUUAUGGCCCCCCAGGCCCUACCUACACAACAACUAACAGCAAUAAAAAUUUAAAUUAUCGAUAAAAUGAAGCUUAUAUUUAUUGGUACCGCCAACAAAUGCAAUAGAUACAUACAAUACAUACACAGAGACUGCUGAAUACAUGCACACAGACUUCUGAGUGCACACUCAGACUGCUGUGUGAAAGGUGCUGUGUGUGAGAGGUGCUGUGUGUGGGGGGGAGCUGUAUGUGUGUGUGUGUGUGAGAGGUGCUGUACGUGAGGGGUGAGGGGUGAGUGGUGUGUGUGUAUUGCAGAGGGCAGGGGUGCAUGGAGCAAAAGUUUUCUUGUUUGUUUGUUUUUUAAAUAAUAAAUGUACAUUAUUUAUGAAAUCUUCAUGUCCCCCUCCAACCUUUCUUUUUACUUUCUGUGAAGGGGGGGGGGGGGGUCACUGCCCCGGUGUUCUGGUGGUGGUGAUCUAUAGUCUCCAGCUCCUCUGGCUGCAGGCAAUCUUCACUCCUCCGAACCUGAGCGUUGUGUGGAGUGUUGCCAUGGCAACGUGCGGCAACGCUCCACACAGCAAGCUCGUCGGAGGAGCGCUCUCCUCCCAGGUCCCUCCUCCUUCCUCCUCUCCCACUAACAAAGGGCCUUUGGGCCGGUGAGGGAGAUCUUUGAUCUCCCCACUGGCCUGAGAGGGCCCACCGAAAGAAAACAGUCUCUAUCUUUUAUGAUGUAGCAAUAUGCGUCUAUUUUGCAGGCAUUACGUUAUGAGCAAAAAAUAGAAUGUCUUUGCAGUGGGAGCUGUCAGGGUACUUCUGGUACCAUAACCACUACAACAUGUAGUGGUUAUGGUGCUACAGAUGUUUCCUUAAGUGUUGUUUAGAGAGGGCAGUUAUAGAAUGUAGGACUUCAAGCAUUACUUGUUUUAAAGAAGGACUCUGAAAAUAACCUAUAACAUGUGUUCUGCAUUUUUUUUAUGUCAUAUUUAAUUUUCUUUGAAUUAAUUUGGAAGAAGUGACAUCACAAUCCAGUUUAAUUCAGGCCCAGCCAAGGCACACACUGCUCUUUCACCAACUAUAUUUAUUGUUUAUUUUGUUAUUUUAUGUAUAAUGUCUUAAAAGGGCUACUUAUAAAAUGAUGAUUAUUGUGAGAGGGUAAAGAAGGAGGCACCAUGUUCCAGGAUAGAAUUAAAUACAAUGAUUUGCAUUUCUACAUUUUUAUUUUUCAGACCUCACAAAGAGAUUUGUGAUAUAAGUAAUUGUUAAAUAAAUAUAAUAUUAUAAAUCCUGGGACGUGACUGUCUUACUUUAAUUAAUAGAACUACUAAAAAUAAAAACACAAAAAAACCUAAAUAUUGUAAAGCGCUACGGAAUCUGUUGGCGCUAUAUAAAUGAUAAUAAUAAUAAAUAGAAACAUUACCUCUUCUUCUCCCGUUAGAGCUUACUGAAACCCAUUUAAGCACAUAAUGGAUUUUGCUGUGAUCCAGCCUCUCCGCUCUAUGUACACGUAAAACAAAUAGUCCAAUAAACCUUGUAUUUUCCAUUCAGUCCUCACCAAAUUGUUUUUACAUUAUUUACUAGCCCAACACAAAAGGACUUGCUAGCCAUUUUGUUUGGCAACUGAUGUACAUCCAGAGAGGAAUCACAAAAACAAUAGGAUCAAAAAGUGUGAAAACUGUAAAACAAUGUAGCAACCAAGUGCGGAGCAACAAAACAAUUUAAAAGAUGGGUUACAACCUUCUCCCAUCACAUCCUGCUGAUGAAAGACAUUAUUUUACCUUCAUUAUUCCUUUCUUUCGUUCUUCAACAACUCUCUUCCUUUUCCUGCUACUUAAGUAAUAUUAUACCAGGAUGUCCCUCACUCACACCUACAUGACGGUAUGUCGGCUGCUGGAAACAUUAGCCAUAUUGCAGCCUUCUGCUUGUUAAAUGUAUCACUUCUACCACUGUAUUUAAUGAUCUGCUAUCUUUGAAUGGGGAGGAUUUCAAACUCAUCAACAAUUGGUCUUUGCAAAUAAGACAAAUAAAGCUACAUAGAAACUCUGUUCAUCAUUAAUACAUUUUUUUUUCUGGUUUCUUGAGUCAAUUUACCAAAGUCUGGAUAAUGCCUUUAAUGGUGGCCAUUCCUAAGAUAUAACAGCUGUAGUUAUCACAACCAUAUUUAAAACAUCUAUAGUAAAUGUCAAAGCAGAACUAUCAAAUUCAGACGAGAAAAUGUGUUUCAGUAGGUAUUAAUUGUACAGCGCUGUGGAAUAUGUUGGCAUCUCUGUAGAUAACUUGUACAUAAUCAAAAUGUUGGUUUUAACUACAUGAUGGCAGAUACAAAAAUUAAGAAGGGGGAGCAAUGUGAUGACAUAGGUAAUGAUGCAUUUUUCUGUAUUUCUUCUUACCCCCCUUUUGAAUUUCUUACCCCCUUUUGUUUUUCUUAUCGCCUCUUUUGAUUGAAGACCCUCUUCUGUAGUGCGCUCGGGCACGCUACAUGAAGUGACUGGCAGGAGGGGAGUGCUCUGCUCUGUACUCCCCUCCUACCCAUGACCCAGAGAUUGCUCCUCCCCCCACGCCAGUGCGCCGUAGGCGUCCACCUGUGCUGCGUUAUGAUAGCGCCAGCCCUGGUGGCUGCAGAGAACCAUGGGAAAAUGAUGCCCUCCAUGCAUGCACAGGACAUGCCUUGAAGUUGUUGGUUCAUCUAGCCCGGAAAAUUAUUUUUAUUCCCGUAACCUGGCAGGUUUUUUCUACUUGCUUGAGCGGCUGUGUUUUUCACAAUACUAGUGACUUUUUAUAAUAUGGAACGCAGUGUAAAAUAAGAUCUUUGAUUUUCAGUCACUGAUUUCGUUUAAUACGACAUUAGAAAUUAUUUAUUUUUAAUAAAUAGUACAUACAUAGUGCUUGGUUUAGCUGUAGGCGUUGCUAUUCAUUGGUGGUUUUAUUUUUCUAUGUUUGCUAGAGUUUAAUUGUCUGUUAGCAGUCUGUUUAGAUUCUGUGUUUGCACCGAAAUUAUUGGCCACCUUUGUUUUCCUGGCCCUUAAUAAUAAUAUUGUUCCAUUUAAAACUCCCAUAUAAAUAUAUGAAAUUAAACCAAUCAAUCAAUUAUAAUAUUUUAUGUGUAGGGGAUCAGAUCCUAACCAACUAAACAAAACUUAAAGAUUUCAUCUCAGUAAAUCAAAUAUAUUUUACUCAACAUUAGUUCUAUAGUAUUUACUACACAAUACACCAAUGAUUUUCAAUGUACAAAUGCUCUUAACUACCAUCAUACAUAAUAUAUAUUAUAUUACCUUUGCACUAUUUACUUCCUCCGGGAACAUAAACAUUUUUUUGCACCCCUAACGUUAUUUGAUGUAUAAUUAAUGUGUACCUUAAUGUGCAAAAAGACUACAUUGUUAAUAUAAGACCUGUGCCAUGACCGAAGGUCUCACUUGGCUCUUGUUAUACUUAUAUAGACUUUGAUUCUCUGUCUCACAGUUUGCUCACACAGACUCUUCUGUCAUACUUUUUACAUUCUAUAUGAUGAGCAAAAAUGCACCCUGGAAAGUAGGGGUUUAUGGAAUAAGAUCAAAUUCCACUACGUAUGUUUUCAGUGGAGCUUUAUUAAUGGACAUUCAUACCUCCCAAAAGUCCCAGAUUUAGAGGGAUAGUCCCAACUGGGGUCCCUUGUUUGACAACUGCUAUAGGCCAGAAACUCACUAUGUAAGCACAGCCUGAGCUCAUCAAUAGUUGCGUUUUUGCUAAGUAAGCUGGUAUUAGGGCCCAUGCAAGAGUGCUUCAUGGGCUACUGUGAGUAGGUUUUGCAGUAUUGCUGUGUAUGCACCCCAGUCUGACACUUGGGAACCUACCCGUUAUUUUUAUCAGAAGGACCCACCGUACUUCAUCACCAGAGACCAGUAACUGGCAUGCCCCCUACUGGCUCGUCCCACUUCACGUCCCGCAUUCCUAUCACUAUUUUUUUUAUCAAAGACAGACAAGCCAUUUAGAGGAGUGUAUUCCCUAGAUCCACUGAGCUUGUUGAGCUAUAGCAAACUUCCUCUCUUUUUAAAUAUUUCAGGCUUAGCCAAGAGUAAAGGUCUACUUACUGAGCAAUUAUAAAUCAUCACAUUACAUCAAUGUUUCAUUCGCUGUAGGGCUCCAGUAUCACAAUGUGACAGCCAAGGGUUUUUCAGGAUAAACAUUUUGUAUCUCUCUUCCAUUGAACUCAAGGCCAGAUCCUCCUUGUGACUCAGUUCAGUGGAGGUUGUGAAGAUAUAAAUGACUUUGUGAUGUCUGACAACAAUUACAAUGCACCACAUUGUGGGAGCUGUUAAUAGCUGCGUGAAAAUCAAAAACAUGCCGUAUUUGUUCGUUACAGCACACAUACAUAACUGACUGCUACAUUAAUGUUUAAUGUGAAGUGCCCUUUCAGUUUAAAUAUAUAUAUAUAUUAAAGGUCUACUGUAACUGAAAAACAGUGUUCCUGCUCCCCCCUCACCGCUCAAAAAAAGAAAGGAAAUAGCUAAACUCACCUCCGUGCCAAGUCCAAGUUCUCCGUCAGCUCGCUUGUGGGUGACAAAUGUCAGGGAGGGCAGUCUGAUGAAGUUAGAAAAAAAUAACCAAUAAAGGCGGAAAUGGGGAGGGGCAAUUACAAUAUUUUUUCUCUAUUGGUCACUUCUCAUUUGACCUGUAGAUAAAAUUAACAUUUAGUGGCUGUCCAAUAACCAUCUUUUAUCUUUUUCCUAUUAGUUAUCUCUUAUCAUCAUAUACACUCGUCCAUUGUGCGAUUUGAAACUCGACUACACUUUGACUCAGAGUUUGGGAAUUAACAAGAUCACCCGAUCAGCCCAAAUUUGAUGAAUUCCAGUUCAUAGUGAAACAAAUCUCCAAGUUUCCCAUUCAUUAUCUCUAAUUAUAGCCAGCAUUAACCAUCAUCUUACAUUAACCCUUUCCCUACACUAACACUACACCAAACCUAACCCUGGCAUAGCACUAACCUAAGCUCUAAAGGUAAUUGUAACCCUAACUCAGGGAGAUACCCUCUGCUGGUGUCAGUACUAACAUCAGCAGAGGAAUUUCCUAGCUCACACAAUACAGAGCACUCUGUGUAAGUGCAGCAUGAGAGGGAGAUCUCCCACUCAUGCUGCAGCUCCUGCAUGCUGUACUGCCGAUCACACUGCAUGCUAUGCCUGUUGAACGGUGCUGGUCUGGAGACAGACCAGCGCUGAUCACGCUGUCAAGAAAUGUAUUAAAGUUAUGAAGGUUUGAAGUAAUUGGUUUUUCCUGUUGAUCAAAAGGUUAAUUAGCAUUCAAACUUAAAUUAUGAAGUUAUGGCAAAAAUAUAAGUAAAAUUUGAAAGCCACAGCUAUUUCUCCUCACAUCUGAUUACCUUUAAAAUACAGCUACCGCGUUCCAGACACGGCCAGCGAUAAGAUUUCCGUUUUUAUAAAGAUUAUUCUAACCACAUUUAAUCUACGUGUGAUUAAAGUGCUUUACCAGUAAAAAAAAAUGAGAAUUUCUUUUUCAACUUUGAAACAAUGCUAUACAUUUUAAGUUACAUUUUUAAACAGACAGAACUUGACCCUCUUUUUUUAAUGCAUACAUACAUUCAAAAAUUAGCAAAAUCAAUCAAUAAAUAAAACAAUCUGGUUUCAAGUUCUCAAAAACCUGCAGCACGUGCCAGAACGGGCAUACCCUGAUGAGGAAGACUCCCAAUCUAUUACAAAUCUAUGAUUCUUGAUUCUGGCCUGUGAAUUUUUGUAUUAUCCCUUAAAGUCCUUCCAGCAGAGGUUUGUGGUAUUUGUAAUUUAACUUACUUGGCUACGGUUCAAAUCAACAUGUAGGAUGAGUGGAACUGCUGUUAUUGUUCAACUAACAGUAAUCUGGGCUUCGUCAGUGCUCCCCCAAACAGCUGACCAUUUACGUAUGCAGUCUCGGUUUGGGCUAUCUCCAGAGGACGUGAGAGAGGUCUUUUUGGGUUCUGUCAAUUGAAAGAAGUAUGGCUAUAAAAACAGAAGUAAAAUAAUUCCCUUGACAUCAGAGAUCCAUGUAGUACUUGUAUAGAUCCAGAGAGUUUUUACAAAUAUUUGCAGUUCUCAGCCUUUUUGGAUGGGGAGACGGGGUGCAGGAUACUCCGGGUACCGUAACCUUUGCAGAGAUGCACGUUGUUACUGACCAUUUAACAUUGGCAGUUGUUUCAGCUCUGGUUCGAUUGGAGAUAAAGAGGAGAUCUUUUGAGGAAUUGGAAAUUGCAACUUGUAGAAGACAUGAUAUCUUCUGGUUGGUUAUUCCACAGAUGCAGAGCUGUCUGUGAAACAAAACACACAAGCAAUGUAUUUUAUUAAAUAAUGGCAGAUUAUGAGUUUUGUGAAAAUGGGGUGAAUGUACUGCACAGAUAGUUUGAGAGCACCCAGAGGCAAGAUAAAUAAAGCAGUUUGUGUUGACUCCUUAGUCGGCCUGUUUAGAUCUUCGAAUAGAACACACAAUGGGGAAUACAUUGUAUAAACAAGUGGUCUAAGGAAUUAUACAGAGUUGCGUGUUUGCAGGUAUAUAUAGUGCAUUCCUAUUGUCAAUGACCUGUAAACAGAAUUUGUUUCUGAACAUAUUUAUUUGGUAUAUUUUUACUUUCUAAUGAGAAGGCAGAUUCAUACCUGAAUAUUUAUCUUAACUAAAAUAACUGGCACUACACUGGAACAAAGAACACUAUUUAAGAACAAUUUAAUAUAAUGGUUAUUGUUUUAAGAACUAUUGCAAAAUCUAGGAAAACUGUGUUAAGAAGGUUAUCUGAUGGAUAAGUCCAUCUAAAUUAGUCCCCUAACUUCAACCUAUUAGAAAGCAGUCAGAAUAUAGGCUGUAAUUCAACCAAUAAAGCUGACGGGAUAUAGUCAAUAAUUUGAUCAAUAAAAUAGGCUGCAAUGCUUUAAUUACUUUGCUAAAUAAAAAUCAGUUUGUUAAUAUAUUUAUGCAUUUUUUUACUUAGCAUAUUUCUUUUAAUAUGUUAACUUUAUAAUGAAUUAAAGUAAAGCAUUGGUAAAUGUACGGUGAGCAGUUGCGGGAGGCAUUCUACUGCCUGGAUUUUCCACAACAAUCCCUAAUUUGGGCCCUUGCUUCCCGGGCUUGUUCCAAGGUCCCUGCUUCUGGCGAUACCCUUCCCUUUCCCAGGAGAGCUCACCCCCAUCAGUGAUGCUCUCGGUACCACUAUUGCCCUCUACUAACCCCGUGCUAGAAGGUAUGCACUAAUCAUCUGUCUUAACCUCCAUCAAUGUCCCGGUACACACACUUGGCCCUUUGUUCCAAAAGAGUUAUACUGGUUUGCGUAUUGAUCCUAAGUAGAAAACACUUGGGAGGAAAGCAAAACAUUUUUACUUUCUAGUGCUUUGUCAGUCAUUAUCGCAAUGCUAAGAAAAAACACCUAUUACUGUACCCUAGUCAUGACACCCUAAAUAGCAUUGUAAUAAAUGUUUUCACUAAGAUUUAAGGUACCAAAUGUACCCAUGACUACUCUAAUUGCGCUAUUGUUACCCUUUGGUAACCGGUACCAGGGGAGGAAGCAGGCAUUAAACCCCUUAAGGAUGUGGAGACAACAUACCAUGCAUACAAGGCCAAAAACUAGUGAAUGCACUUAAAGGGCUACUCCAACCAAAAACAGUGUUCUAGCCUGUUCCAUCUUCCCUCAUAAAAAUAAAUAAAUCUAAAACUUACCUUUGUUGCAGCACCAAGGCCAAACUGUCUGCCGCCUGGACCUCCUCUGCUGACAUUACUCCCACUCACCAGAGGGGUCGGAAUGUUAGGUAAGAUGGGAUGAAGGGAGGACAUCGGUGGCACGGAGGUGAUGGGUGAUUCACAUUAGGCACCCGGAGUUCUUGUUCCAGGAUGGGUAAUCUCAUUACAUCUCUGACAGCAGAGGGGUUAAACUCAGUAUGUGCAGCAUUUCAUAGUGAAAUUAUGCAAAUACAGACUCCAGGCACCAUGAGCACUUCAAAUCACUAAAAAUGGCAAUUGUGCUCGGUGUAGCCCUUUAGCUUAUAUUCAGAAUAUUCAAUUUGAAUCUCAAAAGAACUGCAUAGGCCAUCCUUGGUUGUUGUGAAGUUAAAUGAUGUGUAAAAUUCUAUAGGUUUUUCUAAGAAUUCACCUUUUGCCUUACUGACAGUUUGCGUGAGGUUUCCCAUGACUCAUUAUUGGUAAUAUAGGUCAAGAGAUAAACAUACCAUUAGUUCAGCUCAGCUAGCAGUAUAUAACGUAAGCUGUGCCGUGGCUGCUGUAAUUAUUCAUAUUAUUAACCACUUCACUACUGCCGACCUACAUAGUACUUUGGGACAAGAAUAUCGCUUGGUAAAUUCACUUUAAAUUCUCGCUUUGGCGAAUAACCCCGUUAUAGUGCUAAGGAAAUGUAAUAACUGAUUUAUGUAUCAGAUUGGGAAUACAAUCCACUUGUCAGAUUAGAGACACAUCUACUCUUUGAUGUUUUGUUUACUUUGUUGUAUCUUUAAAGUAUCAGACAUCCCCUACUGGCUCAGAAAUGGUUCUGUUUCAUUUACUUGUAAUUGAAAUCAUAAAGAUGUUUCUUUAAGACAUCGGCUGGGAACAUAGUAUGAGCAUCAUUUGAUAUUGCGUAAUCAUUAUUGCUCUUGCAACAUAUUUGUUAACUUUGUUCAGAAUGUGUAAUUACAUGUAAUAAAUUGUCUUCUCAUUUAACACUUUAAGCUCCCGGAAGCUGAGAGAUUUGUUGCACAUCCUAAUGGAACAUUAAAUUCUAAUGUUUUAAACCCAUGUUCUUGAUGUUGAUAAAACCUAGAUAAAAAGGACACUCAUAAUGAUUUCAUUUUUAAUUUGAUGUGUUUAUUCAACUUCCUUCCUUGCUAAACCCUCUAUCUGAACUGUAAAACCCCAGUUUAAUGCUAAUUACGUGGAGAGAGAUCAGGGGAUUCAAUUGGAUUAAAGCGAGCGUUCGUUGGUGGGCACUACUAAUUUUUUUUUGUAAGACUAAGAAAAAUCCUCAACCUUUAAUCCUGUAUGGUUUGUGUUUUGGCUCAGAUAUUCCGAUGUGCAAGCUGACAUCACUAUUGUUACAUAUUAAUGUAAAAAUAAUUAAUGAGGUGCUUGAAGCAUCAUAAUCACUAGAACGUAUGUGAAAGUAAACCAGGAGAGCCACACUUUUUAUAAAACUACUUGAAAACUGUUUGACCCCACCACAACCACUGCAGGGAUGCUUAGAGAGCUUCUUUAAGGAUCACGUUUAUAGUGGAGACUUCAUCAUUUAUGGGUUACUCUUUUUGUGCCCAGACUAGGAAGUGACUCAGACAAACAUGAUUCUGACUUAUAGGGCACUGCAAGAACCACAACUACUGGUACACAUUGUAGACUUUUUAGAUGUCCUCCUGGCAUCUUAAUCCCAACUCUUUGACUACUGUUCAGAUAAUGAAAAAAACUGUCACUAUCCCCAAAGACCAAGCAGGGAUGAAUGCGGUGGGUGUCCCAACAGUCCCGAUCUUGUCUGUACAGUCCCAAAUUCAGGGUUCUGUCAUGCCAUUCUAAAUUUGUUCCCUGUAUCCCACUUUUGGGGCACCAGGAAACUAUCUUGAAAAAGCAUAGUGUGAGUGGAGCACACACUCCCGCUAUGUUCAGGGCGCUAGAUCCCUGCUGAGAGUGCUGAAAGAGUGCUCAGUGCAUCGCCAGCCCUUGGCGAGUUAGCCUACUUGUUUGCCCCCAUUUACCCCACUCACCAGCACCCUGGCGAAGUGGAACGCCAAUGUUUGGGGGAAUGUCUGAAUUAUCUGAGCCAAAUGACGGGCUUUGUUUCAUGUGCCUGUAGAGCCCAGUUGUUUGGCAAAUCAGUUUGAUGUAAAACAGAGGGGCAGAUAUUGUUUGCACCAGAACCACUGCCAUGUGCUCUAGUCACUGACAUGGUCUGGGUGCAGGGUCCCUGUUCCCUUAACCUUGCAAUGUAAAACAUUUCUGUAACUAUGCUUAAACUUUCCUAUAAAUACCUGCACAGUAGUGCAUUAUGGGCAUGGCAGAUGUUUAUGGGAGUUGUAGUUUAAUUGUCCACAUUCUGCAGUUGUUAUCCAGGACAGCUAUUUACAUAGGAAUGUACUGCAGGUUGGGACAGGCGAGCCUGAAUAGUGGGAUUGUGGAUUAAAACUUCAUAUUAUUCUUUUUUUAAAAAAGGAAUGAACGUGGUUAUGGUGUCCUAGGCACCCCCUUUAAUUUAAGUAGUCAAUCCGUUAUCCAGGUGCUGCUCCCCGCCUCCACUACUUCCAACAGAACUCAAAGCUCUCUCUCUAAACUAAGUCUUGGUUCAUGGAGGGCUUAGCUCAUUGGCUGAUGAUGAUCAGCGGACACUCUCUGCCAAUGUGCUAAUUCUACUCUUCAAGGAGAGCUAACAAAAGUUCCUAAACAUAAUCUUACGGAUCUCUGUCGGUAGUAGUGGAGGCGGGGAACCCACCAGAGAGCAUCCUGUACGUCCGUGUCAGGUACAUACCUUUCUUAAACAGUUUUGUGAAAGGGAGAGCUAGUGAGAGAGGCUGAGCGCACCAGUCUGUGGUCUCCUCACUGAAGCCUUGGACAUCGUUAGAUGAAGUUAGGCAGUUUUCUGGAUUCAGAUAUAGAUUAUAAGAAUCAUUGCUUUAAGUUUUCACUUCAUUUAGUUUUCAAGGGUACUAGACCCUUGUGUACACUAUGAAAGAGUAAAGCUAUCCAACUACUGAUCAAGCACUGUAGCUGCUACUCUCAUACAUUCUUCAUACUUUUUUUUUUUAUAAUUCUUUAUUUUAUUUGUGCAUGGAUAAAUCACAUCAGGCUUAUAAUGCCAAGCAGUGUUUCAAACAUAUUAUUGCAUUAGUUAGGCAUUGGAUGGUGCUGCACAUUUUUUAUAUAUUAAUAUUGCUUGCCAAGAAGUUUCUUCUCUUCUGUUUAACAUGAAAGAGGAGGUACACGACUAGACAGAACACAAUGACAUUGGUUUAGCGUUAGAGAUAAAAGCAUGGCUAUUGCAGAGUCUGCAUAGGUGAUAGGUAAAUAUACAGUAAGUUAUAACAUAAGAGUAAUAUACAAGCGAGGUAUGCCACCCUGAGUGAUUUUAGCAGCAGGUGCUGGUGUGGAGAUACUUGAACAUAUGAUGCAGUCAGCAGGUAAGUAAAGCGUUCAACAGAUAUGUCAACCAUAGUAUUCAAUUAGGUAAAGAAGGGUGAUUUCUCCUGGCUGUGUGUGAUGUGAUUGGGGGUCCAACGGCCUCCUGUGCAUUCAGCCUAUGCCCGUCAUGGGCAGGGUACAGAACCAGGUGUUGGGGUGAGUUAGGAGGUGCAGUGACCCAGACACGAUCGGUGCAGUGUCCAUGUUAUUUAGUAUCCCCUGCUCUCCUCUCCCUGCUUCAUCAUGCUUGGCUUUCCAGCUCCUGUGCUUCCUGCCCUCCGUGCUCCGCCGACCCGGUCUUUUUCGCCCUUUUCGUGCUUUCUUCAUGCUGCGCCCCAUUUGAGGUUGCCUGGGUGAGAUUUGUAGGGAAGGUGCCGGUUGUCGGAGGGACAGCGUCCCCCAAAAGUCGGCAAGAAGUCUGUCCAGGAAGCACAGUGUUCUGGACAUCACACCGCCAUAUUCAGGCGUGGGGUCCGCAGCAUCCGCCAUGUUAGGUAUGUCAUGUGGGGUGUCAACGCUAUUUGAGGCAGGAUCGCUCAGUCCUGGUGGAGGGAACGGGCCUCCAGGGUGGGGACCGGGAUCUCCCUCGCCGGUCCAAAGGGGGGGGAGGGGGGAGAGGGUUGCAUGGCGCCAUCGAGAUUUGGGCAAAGAUCUGCCUGAGCUUGGCUGGGAGAGCGGCCGCUUCUCCCCUCCGCAAUGCUUGCUAGGCCUCACUCCGGGCCGUUGAGGGCUUAGUCUGGAUGGCUGCUACUGACCUUGCAACUGCUACUGACCACUUUUCACCAGGCAUGCAAAACUCAUUGUCUGACUCAGAGAGAGCACCGGGAAUAAAGGUAAGUGGCUUAGAAUCGAUGAGUUGCCCGGAGCUCUCUGAAAAUGCGUCCAGCCGCCAUCACAGUCAGGCCCCUUCCCCAUUCUUGAUACUUUUUAAAGACAAGAUUGCGGAUGUAGAAUAAAUUGAUUUUAUUAGUCACACGGGUUAUGCAGUGUUGCUCCGAAUGCUGGCAAUUAAUAUCUUUCCGCAUUUUUUCCAAUAUCUGCUGGGAUUCCCAGACACGCAAGUCAUUUUCCUAAGAAAUGUCUAAAAAAAAAACACUAAAAUAUUAAUGUCUCUUUAUUCGUACCUACAAAAAGCAUAAAUGCUAUAAUAGAUUUCUAUUAUUAUAUAGAUCUACUCCUAUUCCAUGAGACUAAAUUAUAAAACCUUUUCCUCUUACAGCACAUUGUCACAGUCCAAUUACAAAACUAAACAAAACAAAAAAACAAUCCUAAAGGUUGUUUACUCAAGUGAGAAUUGUUCAAUUCAAGGUGAAUUUAAAAUUUAAGGCCAAGGUAGAAGAACCAUACAAGGCAUAGAUGGCUGUGUGAACGUUUCCAGAACAGUCUUUAAGUUAAAUUUGAAAUUCUCUUUGAAUUUUCAGCAGUUGUCACUUUAAUGAGGCACCCUAUCAUUGUUUCAAAAGUUAAGAUUCAUGGUUUUAACAACUACUGAGUGUGUUGACAACCAAGUUUUGAAACAUAAAAUAACAGAUAAGAAUGACGUAAUUUUAUGUUGGACCUCAGAUACAGUCAAUAAUAAACUUUUGGUGCCUAAUUAAAAAAAAAAAAAAAAAGAAGAAUUGCUACCUUAUAGGUGUUCUCUGCUUUGAAAGUUGGUAGUAAAUAUUAUGGUGGAAUUGAGAUGCUGGUAUCAUUAGCUGAUGUAAGGGUGUAGGAAUUUAGUUCCCUUUAUGUACAGUGUAUUACUGGUAAACAUUUCUGGGAAAUCCCUCUUGUUUGGGUUGUGGUACGUUUUACACCCCACCUCCUAUAGACUAUAAGCUCGUUUGAGCAGGUUCCUCUCCAACCUAUCGUUCCUGUAAGUUUUUUGUAAUUGUUCCUAUUUAUCGUUAAAUCCCCCUCUCAUAACAUUGCAAAGCGCUACAGAAUCUGUUGGCGCUAUAUAAAUGGCAAUAAUAAUACCUUGAUAGAAAGCAAGUUCAGUUCCACCUGGACUGGAUCCCAACACCUUUAGUGACAUAAUACACACUCCCAAUCCCAACCCCCAUGGUGUGAUGAUCUUCUGGGUGUUCACAUUUAUGCCUCGUUUCCACUGAGCGGAUUGGUUCGGUUUGCUAUUUUGGGUGUUUCCAUUAUGAAAGUGGUCCAUACAAGCGAACCGUACCGAUCCAUUCAGGGUCUUGCUUCAGAUGUAGGGCCAUAGGAAAUGGAAAGGUUCGGUUAGGGCGGAGCUACUAUACAAUCCAUUGAUUGUUGGACAGGAAGAGCAUUUUUUCUAAACCCCGCAUGGCCCUGAAAGGUCUGACUUGCAGUGGAAAUGCUCACCAGAAUGGGCUGGCCCAUUCUAAACCUUCCAAACUGUACCGACCCGAACCGAUCCGCUCAGUGGAAAUGAGGCAAUAGUGUCUUCUGACAGUGGCUUCUUUUGGUAUAAAAAAAGGAUUGAAGAUCUUGAUUGGAAUGUCAAGUUAUGACUUUGAAGAAGUGGGAACUGCGUUACAAAAAACAGAGUUUGUAUCUUGGGUAUAUUCUUGGAUUGUUUUAUGGGUGGACACUUCACUAGAUACAUUUACAAGGUGAUUGCCCGAUUAACCGGUGCCCAGUCAUCAGCUCAUCUAUUCAUCCUUGACUGUUUGACUUGACCCUUCUAUAGGACUCAGCCCUUACAAUUCUGCACUAACCACAACAACAUUUAUGAACUACGGGAUGUAAUCCUCAGAUAUUUCUUGAUAAAAUUCUCUUCGGCACCUGCAACCAUAAUGCUAUGGAAAAUGGAAAGCUUCCUCAUUGCUUGAGAACGUGUUGGAGUAAACUCAAUAAUUCCAUAGACUUUUGCCUCAUACUUUUCUGCAAUAAUUCUCCAAUAGCCUAUCUUUCUGUGGCUCUUUCUUGACUGUAUUCCUGGAACAAGUUUCCAGCACGUUAGAUAUAUUGUGAAGCACGAGAUAAGUUUGAUUUUCAGAAUUACAUAUGGCUUCUGUUUUCUCUCAAAUAAGUAAUGGUUUUCCAGCCUAUGCGAUUACAUUUCUGUUUUCUGAGCGAUGAAUGUAUAAGCGAGCGAUGAAUAAUAUAAGCAUCCUCUCAAAAAGCCGUGAAAGCCUCCUCUGUCUAUUUUGUGCAGACGCCAACCUUUGACCUAGUAAAAUGGGACUUAAAUACAGAGUUUAAUAGAUCAUACAAGAUCCAGCGCACUCACUCAUUCACUAAACAUCAAUUUCAAAGCUCACAGAAUGUAAUAGUUUUCAUUACAAACACCUCACCAAGGCAAAAAUAAUUAGUUUAGUUACAGUAUAUGAUCUUACAUUGCAUAAGCCUGCCACAACGUCAAUGUAGUCCAUUCUUGGCAGGUCCUACUCUAGCUCCUAAUGCCAGCUCUUAUGAGAUUGAUCCACUUACUUGGGAAAUCCUUCCUCCUGGGACUCUCUGCAGGGCAAGAUUAAAUAGGGUUAAAUAGGGCCCUGGAACAAGUUUAAUAAAUAGUAGAUUUCCUUUUUUUUGUUUCUGUAUUUAUCUGCUUAUAACCUCAACUUUCAAUCAGCCUGAUCUUCACCAAGGGUAAAGCACCAGUGUUGUUCAGAUUAGGCGGACACUUUCACCAUUAAUAUAUUAAGAAGUCGUACAAAUACCAACAAGAUGUGCAAUUCAUUUCUCGUUGAACUGUAACUAAGUUUAACUGGUUUAAGAAUUUGAUAGGGAGCUGUCUACUUCAUGGCUAAAUUUGUCAACUCCCCAAUUAAAAAAAAAACAAAAAAAAACAACGCACAUUUCAUAAUUGUACAUGUCAGCUAAAUAGUUGUAUUUCCAGGUAUUCAACAUGUUUUUUUUUUGGCAUGAUUCCAGAACAUAGAAUCCACAUCCCUUUCCUUCACCUGUACAGUUGGGACAUACAGACAUAAGGAAAAUAGGCUUCACCUUGAGUCCUAAAGAACUAGAUUUGCCAGGCUUGUCCAACCUUGUCAUUAUCCUAUGCUAACAUCAUAAACUUCCUCAUCCAUUAGGAACCGAGGAAGGAAAAGAUGCAUAUUACUCCUUCUUGGAAGAGAAUGAUUAUGAAUCUAUAUGAAGAUCAGCAGCAAUAGCUGUGUAUAGAUUAAUUAGUCAGGACCAUGACAUUUACCGAACAACAAUCGUCCAAAUGACAUAUUCUGUGAUAUCAGUUUUCAUUCUCAGCUCAUUAAGAAGCCGAUUAUAAGAUUCUAACUACUUGUUAAAACACACCUCAGAGGGUUCUCAGGGUCUUUCUGGGGGUGUCCUCCCAUGCUGGAGGUGCUGGGGGGAAGUGGGAUCCAUGCUGCACAUAUUUUUGGAUUGCCCAAUACUAGAACCAUUUUGGAGGUGGGUGUAUGACCUGAUCAAUCAGCUCGCAGAAAGGGAAGUAGCUUUCCACCCCACAAAUAUGUUAUUGUCCUACACUAAGCUCCCCUCUCCUCAAAUAGAAAACAAUUGAUUUCCAACCUAUCACAUAAUGAAAGAUAAGUUUCCUCCUCAACUGACCAAGCACAGGAGCUUGGACAUUGGACAUUGACUGGGGAGAUGAAGGAAUAGCAUAGGUAGUCGGGAGAGGCUCCUCUAUGGCCAAAGUCUUUCCCUCACCCAUACCUGUCAUUACCCACCAUUACCCACUUGUGUUUCCCCUUCUAGCCUCCCCCCAUUAAACACUUAUUAUAUCUCAUACGAUUGUCCAUUAAAAUUGUGAAAGAUAAUGAGGUCUGAUAACACAGCAAAAGAUCAAGCAUAUCCACUGGAAAAUUAAAAGGAAAAAAAACUAAAUAAAUCCUUCAGAGCAGUAAUAGAGUGCAAAACCUGUGUAACGUUGACUACACGUGUAAAUCCAGUAAAUUUAUUUACCAUGAAAUUAAAUAUGAAAUAUAGUUGUCCAACUCCCUGGAGCAUUCCUUUAAUUGUGGGGAUUAUAAAGACAUCUUUUAGGAUACAAUGUUAAAUAUUGCAAAUGUAAUCUGUGAUCUAAACCUAAUAGCAACUAUUUUUAAACUACACGGUACGUUUUUGUCCUCUGUUUGCAUUAAUUUUCAUCUACAUUGUGACACUAUAUUUUCCCCUUUUUUGGUUCAUUUGCCCAUGAAAGCAGCCCACGUGCUAAGUGGGGAAUAUGUAGCUCUUGAAUCAAGUUGCUGCUAGGCAGUAGCCUACUACCCUGUUAAAUUCAAGGUUUCAUUGACUGGAAUUGACCAUGAGUUGAGCAGAAGAAGUCUUUAGUUACCAUCAAAGUGUGAAUUGCCUAAAACCCACAAAACUGAAAGUGGAUUUGACAACAACCCCAUUCUUAGAGAUCCGGCUAAAAUGAUGUGCCCAGCAGAUGUUCAGGAAAUAAUGCUGACAUUUGUACUGUAGGUCAGGGAGAUAUUAAAGGACCGAGCUAUAAAAAUAAACAUUACAAGUGAUGAUGUAUACGAGCCCCAGUGGUUUGCUCUGAGUAUCUGCGGAUAUAAAAAGAUGCAUCCGAACGGCUGGUACUAUGUGCGAUUAUCCUUUUUUUUUUUUUUGUUUCUAUGCUAUUGUUAUAUGAGGUGUAUAAAUGCUUGCCUUGCUGACUCACUAAUUCCAGGCUCAUUAGACAGGGAAUUGUGCUUACAGUAUGCUUCCUGUAACAAGUCUUAAUCUUUGCUUAGGCUGAAGUCAUGCAAACUAAACAAUAGACAUGUAUAUCUAAGCUGGAGGACUGAGCCCUCUUCUUUAACCCUCUGAGUGCCAUGCAGUGCCUGUCUAAUACAGUGCUAUAUAUACAGUGCAAGCUUUUAUUUAAAUCAUCUCUGCUACCUCUCAACUCCCGGUUUGAACCUUUAGAUAGUAAGCUCAUGGGUUAUCUAUCCUAAAUACUUAGUAUAAAAGAGAUUUAAUGGCUAGAUCUCACUCAAGGGCUGGGCCCUCUUUCCUCAAAUGUACAGCGCUGCAGAAUAUGUUGGCGCUUUAUAAAUGACUGUAAUAAUAUUUCCCAGAAACGUAGCUGUUAGAACAAUACCAAGAAUUGGAAUAAACAAAGAAAUUGCUAAUUGACAUGAAUUUUUGCAGUGCCCCCAUUCAUUAUUAGUGGAUUGUCCCUUAAUGUUUGUGUGUUACACUCCCAUGAUGUUCAGACAGGGUUUAGUUGUAAAAAUAAAUAUAAAGGGCUUUUAGCCUUGCCAUGGUUUCCUGGACACAGGUCACUUAUAUUUAAAUAAUGUAGAACUCGAAGAAUAAUUGUAUUAAUUUUGCAUACGGCUCCUCAUGUGUCGCCAUUUAAUAUGAAGUGAGUUAUUUAUGUAGCUGGUAACCCUUUUAGCAUAAUACCACCUCAGCAACGUGUAACUACCUCUCUAUGGUAACCACUACAUUGUAGCAAUCAAAUACAUAGAGGUAACAUUGUAACAGCACAAAUGUUCAUAGCAUGUUACACCCCUCCAUCUGGUUACAACGUUCAUUAGGCUAUAGAUGUAGCCACACCCACAACAAGGGAGGGACAAACUAUCCAGCUGUAAUGACAAAUACAUCUUUGGCAUGUGUAGGUAAUUGAUAAUGUGAACAUAUUAUUCUGUAUUGAAAGUCUGCUCAUCAUGUGCAGUCCGAGCAUCCCAGCCUGCAAAGCAGCUUUUUCUUCAAGUCUCAUAUUUCUUUUCCUUAUAUAGUGAUUUCCCGAAACAGAUUUUAGUUCUCUAAGGAAGCUUUACAUUGGAUGUUUGCCCUUAACACAACCAAAGGCCAAACGGCUCCUAACCCAGUGACAGAGGAUGGUUUGCUGAUGAAUAUCCCUUUAAAUACAGUGUGCGGUAAUAUUAACUAGAAGCAAACAUUUGAUCUAUAAUUAACAUGUUAAGCCGUUCCCAACUUUCAUGGGCUCCCAGACAUCAAAUAAGGACCAAACUUUAUUGUUUCUGCUGUUAAUCAGAAGUGAUAUUCUGCAUGUAUUAACUCAUCGCCCCGACCUUUCCACCACUUACUUCUUACCCAAGGAUUAAACAUUUCUGAACCGUGUUUGACUUUUCUCUUUAUUUGAGUAAGAGAUCCUAGAUAAUUUGCAAAUUAAAUGAGGCUGUCACUUCUCUGAAAUUAAACCACUGAAUAAAACAUUGGAAAUCACCUAUAGGUCGUGUUAGCCGUUUUAUUCUGUUUGGCACUCAAUUUGCUCCUAAAUAUAAAGAUUCAGCAAUUAACAAUCACUAGAUUAACAAUAUAGUUCGGUCCUGGCAUGGCCAAGGCACACAUUUACAUAGAAGCACUGUUUCUGUAUCUGCAUUUCAGCAGUGAGAUACAAAUAGGGUUAUUUACUAAAUUCUGAAUAUUCCCAAAUAAAAUCCAGGUAAAAAAUAGCUAAUCUAAAAAAAAAAAUCAACUCUCCAUUUCAGCCAAAGUAACACCCUGGAUAUUGUUGCUUCGGUUUUGACAUUUUGAUUUAAUUUUUGAAAACUUGGAGUUUAUUGAAUAACUGAGAUAGUCUUUUUUUAUUUUUUUAUUUUAAAUGACAGGUUAGGGUUAGAGUUUAGAGCUAUGACAGAGCCAAGAUGGUGGCACUCAGUUCUAGAACAGAUAUAAAUACAGUGCCGUGUGUUAGCACUGAUCACUAUAACGAGCCUUAAAGGGGCACUGUAGUCACUAUAAGCAUUUCAUCUCUUUGAAUUGGUUAUAGUGCCUGGAGUGCCCUGGCACUGUCCCUCCAUUCAGUGUUGCACCAUGUUCGUGCAGUAGGCCACAAAAUAAGAGUCCCUGGCCACCUACAGUCCGGCCCCUUCAGUAUGUGUAGCUAAGGCAGAGAUUACACACUUCCUUGUUGUCAUACCCAUUCAUACCGUCAGUUGGAACUCUGAUAGGCUAAAAGCAGUCAGCUGACACUCUCAGCCAAUCACAGCUGCCUAUUGCUGCUCAAGCUAAUACUUCCUUAUUAGCCAAAGCAGCACAGAGGGGGUGGAUUGCCGGAGACUCUUGUUUAGCAUUAACACAUUUAAAGCUUAAAAACUGUUUAAUGCUGAAAGAAAUGAUGGUACCAGAGGACUCCAGACACUAUAACCAGUUUAAUGAGAUGAAGCAGAUACAGUGCCUACGGUGUCCCUUUAAAUGUAUGUUUGAUCGUAUUAUUUUACCAUUACAAUCUCUCAGUGUUCCGCAAUAUGCUACUUCCUGGGCAUAUUGCAUGUGCUCAUGAGCAGCGCAUGAAAGGUCCUGCCUUGUAGUAUGUAGCAGUCAAAUACUGUGAGUGUGAACUCAGUGAAUUAAUCAAAUCAGCUCCUUUGCGAUUCCACGUUAUCUCGUGUUCAAGUAUGUAGAAAUGAUAACAUGGUGUAUCUGACAUCCCUCGUUAGGCAUUGUGUACCAUUGCAGAUGUUGUGUCUAGCAGGGCAUAUUGGGAAAUGUAGUCUCCAAAAAAUGGAGUGAUUAACUACACAUGUUCUACAUACAGACUGGGAUGUUUAAAUGCUUAUUGAAGUUAUAAAAUGAUAUGCGGUUUCUUUUUCUAAUAUGACCACUUUGUGGCAGAAAUUUUAAUGUAUUUUUCUCUCUUUGUGUUUUUUUUAGGACCGUCUGAAAGGAGAAUGCCCGUUUUGGCUUUCGUGGAUUUUUCGGUGGAUUUACAGUAA